AUGGUGGACACUUAUCCAGUCCUAUCAGUGGCCAUGACGGAAAUAAGGUAAGGAAGGGAAGCCAAAAGCAUUGGGACCCACUGGGAGAGAUGGCGAUCUGUGUGUUACACAUUUAAACUUCCCCUCUGUUUAUUUUAGCAACCUCUGGGGCAGAAGUAUUAGCCUACUGUAUAUGUUUUGCUGUGGUAAAUUAAGAUAUUUUAAAUACUGUACUGUAAUGAAAAUAAAUAAUAUAUAUGUACUUUAAAGGCCCAGUGCAGUCACAUUAAAAAAAAAAAAAUUAUGAUAAUGCCCUUUUAGUAUAAGAGCUGUUUGAAAAUACUACCUGUUUACUGUCCGGCGGUAAAUAAGUUAAUAGACCAAUUAGAAAGAGCGUUCCAAUCCUCUCUGCCAAUAACAGCUAGUUUUCAGUUUUCCCCUCACUCAGACCACUCCCAUACAGUCUUAGCAAAAUUCUUGCUUGAGAAAUUGCUCUUUGCUAAGAAGCUAUCUGGUUAUUUAGAUAUUUGUUUCUUUUUUACCAUUUUAAUUGACAACAAUCACAGUAAAGUACUUAAUUGUAACCCAGAAAUGAUUUGAUAUUGAGAUAGAAACUGCUGCAUUGGACCUUUAAGAGAUGUUUUUCUUCUUUCUCAGUGAAUUUUAUGCCAGAUGAUACAAGACAUGACUGUAUUAAAUGACUGUAGAUGAUGUCUAAAUGUUUUAUAAAAGAUAUAAAGUAUAUUUAGAUUUUGUAUAAAAUGUGAUAUUCAAUAUUUUGUGUGAUUUGUCUACUGCGCUAUUAUUAAAACUAGAAACUGAAUGUAUUGUGACUGCCAAGAAGCCAAAAGUGAUCAAAUAAUAAAUAACUGAUAAAUGAAUAAAUUACAUCACUCUGUAGCACAAUGACCGGCUCUCAUUCAGUACUUAUACUGAAAUUAAAUAGAAAGCAAGAAAAUGUAAAGUGUUCAAUAGGUGUCACACUUCCAAAUCUGGCUUUCAUACUACCUUGGACAUCUAAUCAUCCAUAUUUUGUCACUCAUGAUCCGCUGUAUGAUAUUGACCAUAACCUAUUUAUUAAUAUCAUGAAUCUCGUGCUCAUAAUGAGAUUGAGGAAGACCGACAGGAGGCGCAACACAGACCAAAUAGACCUAUUCAAUGGACGGACAGAUCCAGAAAAUGGAAAACCCUCCAUUAAAAUGCAUUACACGGAAAAUAACGACAAUGGCACUUCACAUAACAUAGAUUAUAGCUAAACAGGAAAAUCUAGCCUUGGAAGAUGCCCUUCUCUCCUACCGAGCAGCACUGUUGAGUUCAGUGAUGGACAUCAGUCUCCAGGGGAAAGGGGAGGGCACUGCGAGUUUGACAGGUCUAUCAGUGUGACGUGACUGGGAGGCAAACAACAGUUUAUUAACUCAACCUACCAACCAUAUGCAGGCAUCCCAACUUCGCCAGCCAACUAUAAAUAACUUCAGGGGUUUUGUUGUCGGUGCACGUCGAGGUCUCCUUAUAACCUUCGUCUCAAUUAAAUUAGAUGGUUUCCCUCUCUUAAACAGCUCCAGUGCUUGUCACGGCGACUACGAGAUGAUGUUUGUAGAUGAUCUGGUCUGGGCUUUGUUCAAGCGCCACUGGCGGCACACACUGACCUACUGGAGCGUGUUCUUCAGUUUCGGGCUCUGUAUCGCGUUCCUGGGGCCGACCAUCCUGGACCUGAGGUGUCAGACCCAGUCCACUCUGCAGGAGAUCACCUGGGUCUUCUUCGCCCAACAAUUCUUCCUCAUGCUGGGGAGCGCCCUAGGGGGACUCUUCAAGAAGACGUGAGUGUCAGAUGUCUGGCUACUGGUGUGGCCAAUGUGUGUCAGGGUUGGGGUAAAUUUAGUUUCAAGUGAUUUUGAAACUACAACCUGGGAUUUGUUUUUCAGCAACAGCAAUUAACAGCAGCCCCUCCACUUGUUUUGGUGUGCAGCUGAGGGAUUGAGGAGAUGUAACCUUUCUAAUUCAUUGACAGUGCCCUAGAUGCAAAGGACUGACAGUCAUAACAUCCACAUGGUAGACUAGUUUUAAACAUCAUAAGUUUUGAAACUAUAUAUUUGUGUCCUUUAAGUUCCUGUUAUUUGUGAACAAAGGAUGGAGUAAUAACGCUUUAUAUUGUGGUUUAUGAUAUAGGGUAAGACAGUUGUGCUAAGCUCUUGAGGCAUAUUUUAGCAGGGGUGCAAAUUUCACAUGUCCCCCCCACAUUCUGAAAUUGCAUUUUUGUCCCCACCAGUUUUGUCAUUGGAAUGGGAUACAAAACGAGGCGACGGUGUGCUUUAGAACCAUGCGGACGCCUCCGAGCGGUCGGAUAGGCUGUUUGGAGUGUUUAUCUGACUGAGAAAAAAUAAAAAUAAUGAUUGUCCCCCCACUUCUAAAGCCAAAGUUGCGCCCCUGUAUAUUAGCAAUAUUAUUCAAGAACCAAUGGGUAUAUCAUGAAUUGAAAUGACAAUGACCAUAGUCGGGUUAGCUGACAGCGUCACUAAAACGACAUGCACGUUUCAAUAACCAGGUUUCCAUCCAACAUUUUUAUGUGUGUAAAGUACCAACCUGGUUUCAUAUUAUUCUGUACCUAAAUCCGAGACACUGCAUUAAGUAUGAUACAGUAUCUUACAUUUGGUAUGGUUACAUAAGACAGAUGGUUACUUAAGGCAAAAUCAAAAGUAGGGUGGUUGGGUAGGCGUAUAACAUGAAGGUCCAGCAACCCAAAGGUAGCGAGUUUAAAUCUCAUCACGGACAACUUUAGCAUUUUAGCAACUUUUCAACUACUUACUACUUUUUAGCUACUUUGCAACUACUUAACAUGUUAGAUAACCCUUCUCCUAACCAUUUAGCUAACUCUUCACCUAACCUUAACCCUUUUAGCUAACCUUUCACCUAACCUUAACCCUUUUAGCUAACCAUUCCCCUAACCUCAACCCUUUUAGCUAACCUUUCCCCUAACCUUAACUCCUAACCCCUAGCCUAGCUAACGUUAGCGAGCUAGCUAACAUUAGCCACCUAGCUAGAAUUCCUAAUAUAUCAUACAUUUUGCAAAUUCGUAACAUAUCAUACGGAAUAGGUGAUGGACAGCCAUAAAUUUAAAAAAAAAACAUACGAAAUGUAAUGUAUCAUACUUAAUGGAUUGUCUCAGAUAGAAGUGCAGAAUAAUACGAAAUGCUCGGAGACCAGGUUGUGCAACCAACCACAUGUCUGAUAAAAAAUGUCAUGACAGGCCUGAUGCAAAUUUGUCUGUAAACUUUCCAAAUGUCAACAAAGCAAAAUACGCUAUACAAGGUGCUGGGAUCUUUUGGGGUCUGUAAAAAAACUCCUUUAUGCACAAAUAUUGAUAUAAUAACCAUCAUAUCGAAGUAGACUUGGAGUCACGCAAUGAUAUGGUGUGUGGUCCUCCCUCUACGACUCGGGAAACCAUGCAGUUUAUUAGGCUACAGAUGAAAUAUGUUAUGAUGAACUUCACAGGGUGGUGAACGUGCACAGUGAUCUUGAUGCUCAUUUCCAAUAAAUAUCAAGGGUCUUAUUCUGGUGACAUGAUGAUCGAUGCCUGACUGCCAUUUGACAAAUAAAAAUAUCCACAAUAAUCUCAUCAUGUAGACUAGCAUACCUAGCACGUGCCAAGACCAGAGAAGGCACAUUUGCUAUUUAAUGCAACAUAUUUGUGACAAAACUAUCGGUGGAGUUGAAAAUGUGAUGGAAACACUUGAAAACUUAAGCGAAAAAUAAAAUGUUGUGUGCACUACAUCAUCACGCACUAAUUUUUAUCCGCAACAAGUCAGUUUGGUGGAAAUGCACCACGGGUGGAAAAAUUUGCAUAUUUUCUUUAUGCAGAUUUUCGAAUAUUUGCAUGAAAAUCUGUUGCCAAUUGGAUGGAAACCUAGCUAAUGAGUAAGACAUGAGGAUUCCAAAGAAAUUGACAAAAGUCACCCACAGACCCCCCACACCCCACGCCAAUCCCAACAACGAGUAUACAUUAUCAGUUCUCUAUGUUUGACGAGUGGUAUGGAGCUGCGGCUCGGACUAUUGUUUCCUCAUCCUAUGUAAUGCAUUCCCAGUGAAUUUGGUGAUGGUUCUUUCCCGUGUUCAGAGAAAUUAGUCAUUGAAGUUGUUAGGUUUAUGUCUUAUCCUACAUCCUGGUAUUACCAGGUUCUGACCCCUAGAUGGUGCUGUUCCUGCUCGUCUUUUUUUUUUAAGAACCCCCCCUCAAUGUUAAAGGGAUAGUUCACCCAAAUUAUUAAAUUACAUUUUGGUUUCCUUACCCUGUAAGCAGUCUGUGGACAAGGUAUGACAGCAACCUGUGCUUUGGUUUUGUUUACCUGGCCACUGUUUCAAAUGCUAACUUUUUAGCAUUUGUGGCGCAAGUCCAAUGCAAGUCAGUGGUACCUAUAUUAGCAUUUUGUGUUCAAAUCAUCCUAAAGUAUCUUGUAACUCAAUUAUGUUACUUGAGAUGAUUUGGAUAUGAAGCGUGAAAAUGCAAAUCUAGGUACCAUUGACUUGAUUUGUGUGACAAAUGCAAAAAAGGUAACAGCAGCCAGGUAAACAAACCAAAGCAUGGGUUGUUGUCAUACCUUGUCCAAUGAGAUAUAAAUGUUUUUUAUGUUGAAUAAAUGACUGUGAAAAUGUGUAUAUCAGAAUCUAGACAUACUGCAUAUUUGAGAGAACACUAUAAGGAGUAUAAUGACACCAACAUAUUAUGUGUCAUGUACAGUUCACAGAUCAUAGGGUCUUGGGGGCGGCAGGUAGCUUAGUGGUUAAGAGCGUAGUGCCAGUAACCGAAAGGUCGCUGGUUCUAAUCCCCGAGCCGACUAGGUGAAAAAUCUGUCGAUGUGCCCUUGAGCAAGGCACUUAACCCUAAUUGCUCCUGUAAGUCGCUCUGGAUAAGAGCGUCUGCUAAAUGACUAAAAUGUAAAAUGUAAAUGUUACAGGAGGCAUGUAUAGGUCUAAAAAGGGCCUAAAAUUGCCAAUUUCAUCAUGAUUUUCUCAAAACAGGUUUGUGACACGUUAAAAGCAUGUUAAACAACUUUCCUCCCAAUGAAGUUUCUAUGUGAGAAUUGCCAGAGCAAUCUGAGAUAACAAAAAAAUUUCUGCUGCUGUGGAAUUGCCCAAGUCAAGAAUAUACAGUUAUACCACAGACUUGACAGACCAGACAAGGCUUAAAGUGCUUUGCUUUUGUUUAAAACUGUGAUACUCCUUGGCAGAAACAGGAAGGGAGAGAGAGUGAGAGUGAUGGGAAGAGAGAGAGAUUGAGGUAGUGAGAGAGAGAAAAAGAGAGAUGGACGUAUUCUGGUGUUAACUGCAACUUGCCGUGUUUAUUAGGGACCCAGUCUAAUGGAAUGUUAGUUCUCAAACCAGCUCAGAGCGAGGGAGUGGGAAGUUGGCGGAAUGGAGGUAGAGAUAAGGCGGGGCUCGCUGUACACUAGGUGCCUCAGGGGGUCUGAUAAACUCUGACAAACAGGGUAAAUACGACCGUAGCACUAAUCAAUGGGGAUUGGGUCAAGGUGACAUUCCUGCUACAAUACUGCCCAUGCUAGUAGAGCUGGAGAAACAGCCCCUCAGCUACCCUACCUACCUGGAGCUGCCUCUAGCCAUGGGUUAAGACCAGAGAGGGGAGAGCUAAGCAGGCCAGAUGUGACUGGAAGUGGAGCGAGAGGGCCAGCAAGGGGGCUCAAUUACCUUAAACAGAGGGAGCUAUAAAUUGUUGUUAACUGUUUUAAUUUCUCUCUUUACCAAAGCCACUGUUACCCAAAAUAGUGCUCUAAUAUCUGUCCCCCUCCCUCCUCUUUCCAGGCUCCGCUGCGCCCUCUCAGCUCUCUUCGUCUCUAGUCUUGUCAUCUCUGUGGUUUUUGCCAUAAUCCCACUAUGCCACCAUGUGCUGAUGCUUGCCGUUGCCAUGGCAAUAUCUGGCACGGCAAUGGGGGUGAUUGACACCAUCGCCAACCAGCAGCUGGUGAAGCUCUACCAGAAAGAUUCAGCAGUGUUCCUACAGGUCAGAGAGAGAGGGAGGGAGGAGGGAGUAAGGGAGGGGGAAGGAGGAGGGAUGGAGGGGAGGAGAAAGUGAGAGGGGUCAGGGGUAUUUUAAUCACAAAUUGCACAAAAAUGAUUCUCCCCUCCCAUCUCCUCCUCAGGUCCUGCAUUUAUUCACAGGGCUCGGUGCGUUGGUGAGUCCCCUGGUAGCAGACCCGUUCCUGUCUGAGGAGAGUUGUGUUCUGGGGGGGAACAUGACAGCCAACUCCUCCACUGACCUCCAUCACCUUCGCAGCUCCCUGGCAGGCAAAGGGACAACCCCCCUGCACAACGUAUCCAACCACUACCACCUCCACACAGAGGGCAUCAUCACCACCAACAUCUCCUACGCAUUCUGGAUCAUGUCUUUUAUCAAUGUAAGUGUAUAAGCACUUUGUUAGCAGUUAGAUUGUGGUGUUGUAGCUGUGGUUGAUACAGUAGCUGCAGGUUAGCAGUAGUGGCUGGUUGAUUUGAAUAACAAAACAAAAGGGAGAUUGUACCACAGGGCAAGCUUCCUCGAGAUCACUGAGAAAGAUGGCCCUUUUGCAUAGACAGUAACCAGGGAGUCACAGAGAGAUUUUGUAUUUUAUUUUUUCAAUUGUGUAUGUUCUUUCUCUAGCUGCCUGUGCCUUUAGCAGUGUAUUUGUUGAUGUACCGUGAGCGGCUGUUCCCCUGCUCCAACCAGAGCCCUCGUCUGCUGGACAAGGAGAAAAACUCAGAGAAGAACCAACAGGACCACAACAUCCAGGGUAAGACACCUCUCACCCAACCCAGGGUAAGUCUAACAAUAGUCCCCUCACACCUCACAGGGUAAGACACCUCACACAUUCACCCAACCCAAUGUAAGACCCCCCUAAAAUAUCCACAACAGCUGCCAGGGUGGAACCCCAUAGACACUACAGCCCAAACUUCUCACCAACUAAAACAUCACUAGUGCGGGGCUUGAAUAAAAGCUUGAACACUCUGUAGCUGUCCAGGCCUGGGGUUGAAGAACCCUGAACUAAACAUGUCAUUCUGUACUAUAAAUCCAGGUCGCGGGGGUUUGCUUGGCUGCUGUAACUAUGGUGAUGUGAAGGAUCGCCCCGCCUCCUACUUCCUCCUUUACAUUCUGGGCGGAGCCGUGCUUUCAUCACCGAUGGCAUCAUUGUGAGACUGAACUUUGCCACACACACACCCACAUAGACACGACUGCUCACUGUCAACCUACUAAUUCCUGUUGUUUGUUUAACCCAGGGUUCCUACACAGGAUUCAUCUACACCUACGCAGUGUCUCCUCCACUCUCUCUGCCUCACAAGAUGGCUGGCUAUCUGACCAGUGUGUUCUGGGCAUCUGUUACUACGGGCAGACUGGCAUCUAUAUAUCUGUCAUACAGAUACACACAACAACGACUAAUCAAUGUCAGCCUGGUACAGACACACACUUGGUUUUUACAUACUAGUAGCGUGUGAGUGUUGAAGUGAGAAGUGAAACUGCCUAAGAUGACGCGUCUGAGAAACAGACAUUAUUGGAGAUGAUCAGAUAUUUGAGAUUGGUGUGUUUUAAAACAGUCAGGUGGCUGCAUGGAUGUCUUUUGCACACUUGUACAACACACACACAUACAAUGUGAAGAGCACGAAACCCAGUUUGAAUUCAAAUAAAGAAUUCAAAUAAAGUUAUAAAUAUAUGCAUUAGAAUGUUACAGCAAAACCAAGCAUUUACAGGUAGAUUACAGGUGGUAAAUAUGCUGAUGUCCUCCUUACAACUUUAUUUAGUGAGAAGGGCAUGGACAUAUGAUAACUAUGCCAAAAUAAAUAAUCUUACCUCUCUCCUGCUCUCCCUCUCUUUCUCUCGGUCUCUCUGUGUUUCAGGUGGGGGUGAUAGUGGUGCAGUGUCUGCUGUUGAUCCUGUACUCCAGCCAUGUGUUCAUCUUCAUGGGAACGUGUAUGUUAGGCCUCUUCAUCAGCAGUGUGUUCCCCUGCAUGGUGGCCCUCACAGAAGAUAUGGUCAACUAUAAAGGUACAAACACACACAGUAAGAAUGCUUGUAUUUGAGUUGAUAUAGAUAGUCUCCUCUCCCUCCCUCAGGUUGUGUCACUACUGUCCUGGUGACCAGUGCUGGGACAGGAGAGAUGGUGCUGCAGCUUCUCACAGGACAGGUAAGGAACACAGGAGGGUGUGUGUGUGUGUGUGUGUGUGUGUGUGUGUGUGUGUGUGACUGCUUUAUAUGAAUAGACUGUGUUUACUGUAGGUGUAAUGUGUUUCUCACUUCAGUUGAUCCACAGUAAAGGCAGUUAUAGUUUCCUGUUGGUUGGUAUGAUCUCAUCCUGCAUCGGAUUCACUGUGUUCCUCGGCCUACUCUACAUUCAACACCUACACAGGAGCUCCCAAGCAGGUAGACACACACACACAGGUUAUGAGGAAACUAUUUUAGUAAACUUAAACUGUCUUAUUUAUUUAUCCACAGCCAAACGUGCUAGUAAGGAAAUCGCCAUGACGGAGAAGCCUUUGAGCGAGUGAUGGAGAGAGGCCAUGAGGAUGAAACAAGGGACAGAGAGAUGAAGACAGAGUAAAGGGAAAGCACAGCGAUGACCCAACUGUUUAAAAUGCCUGGAGGAGAGGCAGCAACUACUGGAAUUCAACCAGACUUUCUCCUCAACACCCAGAGACAAUCAAGUUCAACCCAAAGACAAUCCCUUGUUACCCAGUAUCCACCCUCAGAUCAAACACAAACUUAGACGGAUUAUUCAGAUUUAGCUGGCUAUAGAUACUUACAAUAAUCUAUCCACUCAGAAAUCGUCUGUUUGGAAUUAUGAAUUUAAGAUUUAUUUUUGUAUGUUAGAACUGGGAAAUGUUAUGUGUUAUGCAGUAGCUGUCUGACUGACUGUGGCAUUCAUAAAGCAGGAGUUGGAGAGUAGAUGUUAACUUUGCUUGUUUGUGUCUUGAUAAAGCAUUGCUUGUUCAUGUCUUUGUCUUUCUAAAUGCUGUCUGACCAUGACAGUGUAAAGCCAUGAACAGGCUGAGACUAAAGCCUCCUCCAUUUACAUUUUACAUUACAUUUUAGUCAUUUAGCAGACGCUCUUAUCCAGAGUGACUUACAGUUAGUGAUUACAUAUUUUUUUUAUACUGGCCCCCCGUGGGAAUCGAACCCACAACCCUGGCGUUGCAAACGCCAUGCUCUAUCAACUGAGCUACAUCCCUGCCGGCCAUUCCCUCCCCUACCCUAGACGACGCUGGGCCAAUUGUGCGCCGCCCAUGAGUCUCCCGGUCGUGGCCGGCUGCGACAGAGCCUGGAUUCGAACCAGGAUCUCUAGUGGCACAGUUAGCACUGCGAUGCAGUGCCUUAGACCACUGCGCCACUCAGGAGUCAUGCUGCUUAUAUAAACUCACGUCAGCUGGUAUCCUGCUGGAUCCGUGACUGCUCCCAGUGUCUUAUAAAGAGCUUUAAUGUAGACAAUGACCCGUGUGACUCAGGUGGAGCAAUGACAUGAGGACAGAUGGUGUUGCUGUGUGAGCAAGGUGUGGGGGUUAGGUUACCUCACAGGGCUGGCCCUAGACAAAAACAAAAAGUGUAUGAAUUUUUUGGGGAACUCCAUCAGGGUCUCAACGUACUGUUGAGUUAGAUUAGUAGAAUGGUGCACUUUUGAGAUUUGGUUGUGCAUCAGCAGUUUCUCUUAUGUCAGUCACUCAAUUAGCCAACCAAGUCUUGCUUAGGGCCCCCAAAAGGCUAGGGCCGGCCCUGUUACCUCAAAUACUAGUCUUGUGGCUGCAUCCUUCCAAAUCUCUUGUUGAUUUAUGAGAAGCUUAGCCUUCCAGGGCUAAGCAAACACAGACAGGGUGACUAGAGAUAUUUGUUUUAUUUUAUAGUCUCUUGUGUUAUAAACACUUCCUACUUCUCAAACAUACACACACGGCUGUGCCACUCCAAGACAAGUAGCUUGUAAACAUAUAAAAAGCAUUUUGAACUAAUACAAUUUACAGAAGUGAACAAAACAAGAACAGAAGUGUAGAAGCAAACGGUCAGUUUGUGUCAUUUAACCUAUAAGGGGGGGGGGGGGGGGGGCCUCAAUGUGAAUGUGGGCGUGCUCGGCCCUCUGUUUCCUGUAGUCCACGAUCAGCUAAUUUGUCUUGCUCAGGUUGAGGGAGUGGUUGUGGUCUUGCCAUCACACUGCCAGGUCUCUGACCUCCUCCCUAUAGGCUGUCUCAUCGUUGUCGGUGAUCAAGCCUACCACCGUCGUGUCGUCUGCAAACUUAAUGAUGGUGUUGGAGGCUGGCGCGGCUACGCAGUUGUGGGUGAAGAGGGAGUACAGGAGGGGCCCCUGUGUUGAGGGUCAGCGAGGCGGAUGUAUUGUUGCCUACCCUCACCACCUGGGGGCAGCCCGUCAGGAAGUCCAAGAUCUAGUUGCAGAGGGAGGUGUUCAGUCCCAGGGUCUUUAGCUCAGUGAUGAGCUUGGAGGGCACUAUGGUGUUAAACGCUGAGCUGUAAUGAAUGAACAGCAUUCUUACAUAGGUCUUUUGUCCAGGUGGGAAAGGGCAGUUGUGGAGUGCAAAAGAUAUUGCAUCAUAUGUGGAUCUGUUGGGGUAGUAUGUGAAUAGGAGUGGUCCAGGGUUUCUGGGAUGAUGGUGUUGAUGUGAGCUAUGACCAGCCUUUCAAAGCAUUUCAUGGCUACAGAUGUGAGUGUGUAGUAUCUGAGGAAUUUAUGACUUUGCAAAUGGUUUCAAAUUGUUUUAGAGGAUGUUGACUCAGCUUAAAGGGAGCAUCUGGGGAGUAGUUCUAUAGGGGCACCAUAAAGCUCAGGAAGUCUGUUAGGUGGCCUCCUGGGAUUGGUUGGUAGGGAAAAACCACCCAUAUUAUAUUACAUAUGGCAUAGGAUAUAAAUACCAUGUUUUGAACAAAGGAGGACAGAAUAAUCAUAUUUGAGAUGGGGCGAUUAUUCUCCAGAUAUCUGCAGGUAUCUGUAAAUCGACGCUGUAACCCUUUGUUAUGAAUAAACCUUUAUGAUGAAAAUACAGCGUCAGCGGUUCUCCUUGGUCUCACAGCAUAAUUAGCAACAUUUUCUCGACACAACAAAAUGGCGACGAGGAAUUUGGGACGGUAUUGCGUUUUUUUCUCAGCGUUUCAUUCAUGGGCGCCGAGCUGACUUUCGCUCCGGAGUCCGGCAGAUAAGGGUGAGUUUUGUCACCACUUUGGGCUCUGGUUAGUUAGUGUGUCUGUGUGUGUACGUUGAAUGAAUGCACCGUUAAGAACUUGCGUGUGUGCUUUGCUGAUUUGCUGUGGGAUAGGAGUCCGUUCUAAAUUUGUUUGCGCUGGUAAAUCAACGCAAAAAGGGGGGAGUGUCUAUAACUAUUGAAGAAUAGAAGGAAUAAGGCCAGGAACUACGGUAAAUGUGUACAAAUUAGAGCCAUUGCGAAUCUAUGUUAGCCCUCUUAAUGAGGCGAUCACUAGGAUGGGCCGAAAAUCCUAAAAACACCUUAGGUGUAUUUAGGUGAGUCCAGGAGACUUGAGGCUGUGGUAUAUAUAUUCGGUUGCAAGUUACCGCUCAACAUGUGGUUGACGAAUUAUAUGAUUGAUGUGACCGCUCAUUGAAUUUCCGCGGACCUCGUGGUAGCACAAAUUUAGAACAAAGGAAUUAUACGGCGCAAUGGAGGUAACAUGCUACAUGAUACAUGAUACAUGAUACAUGCUGCAUGCUACCUUAGAGGUCAAUAUGAAUGGAUUAAGCCUCUUAAACUGUGUAGAAUAGUGUAGGAUUUGUGUCCUAUGGUUUGUGAGCUCUGUUAAGUGUUAUUGUUUGUCUAUGAGGGGUAAAAGAGAGGAAGUACAGCGGGACUGUUAACUUUCUGUUGUCUGGAUUGGAGAGAGCUGGGAGAGAGCUCCAUCCACUGUGAAAUCGUAUUGGUGUAUGGACUACGCAUGCACGUGAUUUUAUUACUUUAGAGUUACGUAGGGGUAAAUGUGCCACUCCCCUGCCUACACUGAGCUGGGGGAGACGCAGACGAACGAAGAGAGAGAAGAUUUGGAGACUAAUAGUGUAUUCUGUUUGUUAAAUAGGCUGUUGUUUAAUGAUGAAACUGUUUUCUUGAGACCUAUCGAAUUGAUAAACUAGAGAUAUGUUGACGGAUAAAAUAAAAUAAAAUAUAUAUUUUUUUAAUGUUAUUGAGCUAUUUAUACUAUUCCUGAGUUAAUUCUUAGCGCGAAUGUGACUAGAGAAAUAUUGAAUGGUUGAAAUAACUCAGUGUGUGCAUAAAAUACUAAAGUCUUGUCUGUUUCUUUGUUAUUCUGUCAUAUGGAGAGACGAUAAGAAGAGAGUAGAUAAGAAGAGACUACGAGAGAGUAGAGAUGGACGAUCGAGAAGAGACGAGUAGAGAUAGGACGAGAGAGAGAUGGAGAGAGAGGAGUAUUCGAGAGAUGAGAGAUAGACGACUCUAGAGCGCAGCUGCGGGGGCAGUCGAGAUUCGAAUAGAGACUCCUCUCGUUCCGCGGGACGAUUUAGCUGUACGAGAGCAUCGCGAGACGGCAGAGAGAGAAUGCGAGUCAGAGAGCAGAGAGGAGAGAGAGGAGUGAAGCGCAAGGCAAGAGAGAUGAGGAGCUUGACCAAGAGAGAGAGGAAGAGGAGAGAGAGACGAGAGGAGAGGAAGGACCGUUAGCCAUACGGAAGACGAGGAGUGGAGUGCAUCACGCGACAGGGUGUGACGCGACAGAGUCUGCUGCAACAGGAUCCAGUCAAAUCAAGGCCAGUACUGUUCUAUUUACAAAACGUACCUUCCCAUACAGGAUAUUUUGUGUGCCUAGCAUAAUUGAUGUUAUGACAAUUUGACAAGGAAUUGGCAAAAGACUGAUCAAUUGAUGAAAAUAAGAAUUGCAUAUUGGAGUUUUUGUGCAUGAGUGGGUUUGAUUAGAGUUGAGUGGGGGAAUCGAGUACUGACAUUAUUCUGUACAAUUAAGGUAAUUGGGUUGUGAGUACUGUAGUGUUGCAGGAUUAUAUGUCUUUAUUUUUUGGAUUGCUCUGAAGUUGACUACUUUCAUUUAAUUUCUUGAUUGGAUGUGGUAAGAUUGCCACUAAUCAAUAAUUUGGUAAAAUAAAAUAAAAUGAAAAAAUAAAUAAAUUGAUGAAUAAAUUAAUUGAUUAAUUAAUUAAUUUGGGGGGGGGGGGAAGAAGAAAAAAAAGGGAACUAUAAGCUAUAUAGUCUAAAAUAAAAAUAAUUCACAAUAAAGGAAUAUAAAAAAAUUGUUGUUACAAUGGGGAAAAAGGACAUCAGAACUAUGAAAGUAAAUACACCUGUUGAUAUAGUUGAAAAUAGUAAACCUUGCAAUACCAUUAACUAAAGGUUAUCUGGAAAAGGGAAUAAACGUUGGCCUGACAUUGAACAAUCAUAGCUAGUGGAAGGGAAUCUUAACCCUGACGUCAUCAACAUGAUGAAAGUGAUUGAAUAAUAGAGAGAGGACAAGCAGAAACGACCAUAAAGAUGAAUCCAAAACUCCAAAAGUAGGAAGAAAACCGAGAUGUCUGGAAACUAAGGGUGGAAUAAGGUUCAGGAAGAUGGAACUUGAAGAUGAAGAAGAAGAAGAUGAUGAUGAUGAUCAGAGUGAUUGAGAAGAGAUCAUGGGUGGAUAUGACCCUGUGAUCAGACGGAGGUUGGCCAGAGCGGAAAGAAGGGGUGAUGGAUGUUUGAAGAAGAAGAAUACAAGUUAUUCCAGUUCUGAUGAAAGCGAAGAUGAAGACAGCGAUAAAGAUUUGGAGAUUAAAGGUGCUUCAUAUUCAAGAGGAUUUUAUUCUACAAUGAUUAGCAAAGAAGAAAUAGAAAGAGAUAUAGACUGAUGCGUAUUAUGCCUGGAUAAGGGGAAUAAUUUAGAAGAGACAAAGAGAACUGGAAGAACAACUCAAGAAGCUGAAGAUACAGAAGAGAAGAGGAAAAAACUGCUGAGAAAAGGAUCCCAAGAAUUGGAGAAGUAUACAUUGAGGCCAAGGAAAAAGGGCACCAGUAAGAAGAUGAUGGAAGAUGAUAUUUCGAGGACAGAGCCUAGAACUAGAAAGAACAGGACCAAGAAACUCUCAGAAAACUUGAUGAAAUACAACUCGGGGAGAAGAAGAAGGAGAAGAAAAGCUUUGGUUAUGAAGAAUCAGUGUGCACCAAAUCAACAAUCACUGCCACAGCUUCAACUGAACAAGGUCAAAUGCAAUUGUACUAGCCACAACUAGUGGUACAAGUUGUUUCAUAUCCAUAGAUAGUUUCUGGAAAGAAAGAAUUUCAGAGGAAGAUACAGGAGCAAGUGAAGAUCAUCUGGAGGACAGGUGAACCCUUAUAGGGACAAGGAGCAAGGAUUCUAGGGGUGCCCAGAAGAUCGGAAAGGGGGUGUCAGCUGGUAGCACCAGUUAGGGGAAAAAGAUCCAACAAUUGAGGUGAAAAUAAACAAUGGACUAUGGGAAGUGAUGGUGGAUAGUGGAACUGCUUUUAUCUGUGUUCGGCCUGAAGAGGCUACACAUCUCACUAUGUAAAAUCAACUAAUUAGGAUAGGGAUUCAAGGGAGUGAAACAGUUGAUUACUCUUAAGGAACCAAUUGAUCUCUGCUAUAAAAAAAAAAAAAUUACAAUACCCAUACUGGUAUCAGAACAUAUACCUAUUGCAUUGUUGGGAAGAGAUGCAUUGUGUAAGUUGAACUGUACAAUAAGAUGUACACCAGACGGCUGUCUGGUAGAAGUGCCAAAGGAAAAUGUUUACCAAUGGUUGAUGAUGACAGAGAUGGAUUUGUCUACAGUAUUCUGGAUGGGAAAUCUCAGUGAAGAUUUUGAGGAGGAAGACCUCCUUGGAAGAAUGAGUAUCAUUUGAAAGAUGAAGCAAUUCAAGGGAUUGAACCAGAAAUGGAAGUACUUUCAAAAGCAGGUGUUUUGAAGACAAUAGAAAAAAUCGUUAGAGUAGGAAUCAAUUGUUGUUUUGGGGAGAAACCAUGAGGGGUUGAUAGUAGCGCCUCUGGACCUAUUAGGUCUGAUGAUUUAGGAAGCUAGGGGUUAGCUAAUGUUGAAAGAAGGCUAAGGUUAGGAGAAAGAUUACAAAGGAGUAUGGUUUUGGGGAAUCAUAUUUGCUUGAAAGGGUUGAUUAUAUCAUAGGAAGGAGGACAAUCUGUCUGAAAAAUAAUGUUUACAGGGGGUGACUGUUAUUCUUGGUUACAUUCCUACACCAAGAGGUGAAUAAGAUGUCAAACUAGGCUAAAAGAUGCUCAAUUGUUUGCCAAGUCUGUGUGUAAAGAAGUCAUAAGCAGGUGGGGAUUACCCGAUCACAUGUCCUAAAAUUAGUGGGAAAGGAUUUUGUGAAUAAAUCAGUGAAAUGGUUUUUCUAAAAUUAGUGGGAAAGGAAUUUGUGGAUAAAUCAGUGAAAUGGUUUUUGAAAAAGUUAGGAGAAAAGUCAGAUUUAAAAAGUUAAGAAAACUAGGGUUGAAGGAACUCUAGGACAGUCAGCUAAGCUUCAAUGUUAGUAGUAAGAGAGAGAGAGAACAGUGGUGAAGGGAAAUUUAGAGUUCAGUGGGAAGAUAGAUAUGGUAGGAGUUUAGAUCUGUUAGGAGCAGUUGCAUUGAGAAAGUAUGCGUUGCUGAAUGAUAAGAGAAGAUUGAGGGUGAUUGUAGUAUCUAUGUUUACAAUUCCCAGCAGGAAGAUCAAGGUGAUUAUAAGUGUAUUUUUUAUAAUCAACAUUUUGAAAGUGAGGGAUUAGAGGUGGGACUGAGAGUUAAUGUAGUGACACUAGUGGUGAUAGAUGGAAAUACAAGUAAAGAGUUCAAAGCCUUAGGGAAAAUAGAUGAAUCAACAACAAUGACAUCAACACUUCAGCAUAUUAUAACAGCAAUUUAACUCUUUCAACAUUGACAGUUAUUAAAGCUAUAAAUAUAUCACAUUUGAUUACAAGGGAGCCAAUCGCUCCAGCACCAAUUUUAGAGGAAAAGACUGUCAUUAGGGUUAGGAUGGGUGAUACAGCUCAUCUUCCUUGUAGAUGUGAGAGAAGGAAUGUGUAGAGGUGAGAUUCCUCUCAUGUGGAGAGAUAAUUAUGGAGAAGAAGUGUUGUUAUCAGGACCAGAAGUAGAAGCUGUGCCCCCUAGUCAAAGGAAGUAUAUUUUGUACAACGAUAUGAAGUGGAAGAGGGUUAUGAGUGAUUGCUGACUUAUUUUGAGUAAUGUUACAUGGAAAGAUCAGGGAGAAUUUAUGUGUACUUAUCUAGUGCAAGCAUUAAAAUUUGUUCCGGUUAAGAAUUAUUGGUUAAAAGGCUAUGUAACUCGUAAGGUGACGCUCAUGAUGGAAGAUUUGAAGUCUGUUGAAGCUUCCACAGUCACCAAGGGAGUUCAAGAGAAGUAUAUUACAGUAGCCACUCCAACAGUAAAUACUACACAGAGGAUAUCUGUAACUUUUCCACUGGAAAUAGUUAAGGGUGUUAAUAAAUCAACUAAAGCAACUAUUUUAAUAGUAACUUUGAAAGAGGUUAAUGGUACGACGGCAAUAACAAAUGUAGGAAAUAUGACACAGACACCAACAACAACUUUUCUGAAACUAAAGGAUGUAGCAAGUGACUCAGGAGUUUAUGAUACGGAUGGAGAGUGCUGUCAAUGGUAGUAAGGAUAGUGUUGAGAUAGGAGAGCAGAUGGUAGUAGAGAAUGAUGCAGAUUCAUCUGAAAUAGUGCAGGAUACUAUCAUGGAGGUACAGGAUGAGUUCUUUGAUUUUAAUGAAAGACAAUAAGAUAUAUUUGAUCAGUACCGCUCGUUAGGGAAGAGAGAAACUAAAUGGAAGGCAUAUGGAUUUAAUUCUUCUGUUUGGAAAUUAAAGAUGGAUGGGCAGGUAGGAAUCUUUAGUUCAAGGAGUUACCUCAUUCUGUAAGAUCGGUGAGGAAUCUUGAGGGUAAAUGUCUGUUGAGAAUUUCAGCAUAAAGAAAAUGGGGUUGAAUCUUAGAAGGUAGCUAAACUUCUAUCAAGUAUGUGUAAAUCUUAUGUUUUAUAAGGGAUGUUGUAUCAGCAGCAAUCAUUAAGAGAGAAAAUAAUGUAGUUGUCGAAACAUUUAUUUAGGCCUAGGUUUAAGUGUGAUUGGUUAAAUGAAUUACCCUAUGUGAAUUUGUUAGAUAGGAAGGAAAAUCAGUUAAUAGCGCUUCAUGAAGCAUUGGAGGUGAAACCAGUGAGGGCUAAAAGCUGUUUUUGUUCUAAUUAAACAUAUGAUGGAAAGGGGAUGUUUAGGGGAAUAUCAGAUUGUGAUGAUUAUAUGAUGAUUUGGGGUAAGCAUGAACAUAAGGUUAGUAAUGAGAAAUAUAAUGUAACUUUUGAGGUUUCAUUUAGUAAGGAGAGAAGUUUUUGCAUAGUAAUGUGACUAUUGGGGGAUUUUAGAAACAUCUGGGGUUUGUGGUGAGAGAAUAUAUUCUUACCCUAUGGAUGGAUAGGAUGUUGUUACAUGUUGAUGUUGAAGCUUCCAUAUUAGGUUUUAAAAUUAAAAGAGGGGUAGCAAGGGAAAAGAGAUAAAUCUGAUUCUGAAAGAGAGAAGUUUCAUAGUCUGGGAAGCCUACCAUUGGAGGAUAAGUCUAGGAGAGUAGUAGGGAUUUUUCCAUGGUAUGGUGUAAAAUUUUGAGAAGAUCAUAUAGAUAAUAUUACCUAUAAUUUGAAGGGUUUUGCAAAUGAAACGAUAAGAGGGUUUAACCUUCUGUCAAGACUCAAAGGAGUAUUGAUAGAUAGAUAUCAAUUUUGAAUAUCUGAUAAUUUUUCAGAGGUUUAAAUAUUAGUGUGAUUUUAGUAUUUUGUUAUGAAUCAAAGGGGGGAAAUAGAAUGUGAUUCAUUUUAUAUAUCAUUUUAUAUUUUUAGUUGAUAUUGAUGUUUUAAUUUGAAUGUGUUGUUUUGCAAAAGAUACUGUUUGGUCUUUUCUUUUCUUCCAGAAGCAUAUGGGGGAAUAUGUAGAGGAGAUUCAAAUACUCAAACAAGGACAAUAUGAAGGGACAAAAUGAAAGGAGAAUAUGAAUGGACUGGAGGAAGUGGAACAAGGAAGGUGUGGAAAUGUUCCGAUUCCAUCAUCGACGUUGCAUUGGAAGUCGACACUGCUGAGGAGAUGAAGUGUAGUGGACUACAUUCCAGUGUCUGCAAUGAUAUAUAGACAUAUUUGCAUGUGUAAUACAUAAUUUGUGUCAUAUUCUUUCUGUAUUAAUUUUUGUAGAAUGAUAUUUGCUGUUAUUGGGUACAUGUGGGCAUCUCAGAUGUUUUUGUUUAUUUCGUGAAUGCUUAGGGAUAUUGGGUCUAGGCAGGGAUAGAGAGAAUCCACAGGAGGGUCCGAUGGGUCGACCAGCCUGAGUGUGGACGUUUUGGAUUGUAUUUUGUUUGCUGAGGCUUUCAUGUGUAUUCAAAUUGCAUCAUAGGUUAAGAUGCAUUGAUAAAGAUUUAUGAAUUGAUCUGGAGUACUUAAGUGGUUGCCUGGGGCAGAGGGGCCUUGAGAGACUUUUACUGUCUUGAUUGAUGGAGGGAUAUUUGGAAAGAAAGCUGCCAGACAGGUUUUUCGCUCUCACACUCCAUAGAGAUUUGUUCAUAUUUCAUAGAAAUGUAUUCACACUCCAUAAAGAUUUGUUCAUAUUUCAUAGAAAUGUAUUUACACUCUAUAGAAAAAUGUGUUUUUGGUUUAUUGUUAAAAAUACUCAAUAAGAGAGAUUGUUACUUGUCAUAAUCCUAUUCUUUUUGUUUUCGAGACUUAAUUUGUCUCGAAGGGGGGAAUAUGUAGUAUCUGAGGAAUUUAUGACUUUGCUAAUGGUUUCAAAUUGUUUUAGGGAUUUGGAGCAUCUGGGGAGUAGUUCUAUAGGGGCACCAUAAAGCUGAGGAAGUCUGUUAGGUGGCCUCCUGGGAUUGGUUGGUAGGGAAAAACCACCCAUAUUAUAUUACAUAGGGCAUAGGAUAUAAAUACCAUGUUUUGAACAAAGGAGGACAGAAUAAUCAUAUUUGAGAUGGGGCGAUUAUUCUCCAGAUAUCUGCAGGUAUCUGUAAAUCGACGCUGUAACCCUUUGUUAUGAAUAAACCUUUAUGAUGAAAAUACAGCGUCAGCGGUUCUCCUUGGUCUCACAGCAUAAUUAGCAACGUUUUCUCGACACAACAAGUGCUACAGAACGGUAGGCAGAUUACCUUAGCUUUCUUGGGCACAGGGACUAUGGUGGUCUGCUUGAAACGUAGGUAUUACAGACUGGGUCGGAGAGAUACUUGGCAGCUGGUCUGCGUGUGCUCUGAGUACAGUUGAAGUCGGAAGUUUACAUACACCUUAGCCAAAUACAUUUAAACUCAGUUUUUCACAAUUCCUGACAUUUAAUCCUAGUAAAGAUUCCAUGUCUUAGGUCAGUUAGGAUCACCACUUUAUUUUAAGAAUGUGAAAUGUCAGAAUAAUAGUAGAGAGAAUGAUUUAUUUCAGCUUUUAUUUCUUUCAUCACAUUCCCAGUGGGUCAGAAGUUUACAUACACUCAAUUAGUGUUUAGUAGCAUUGCCUUUAAAUUGUUUAACUUGGGUCAAACUUUUCGGGUAGCCUUCCACAAGCUUCCCACAACAAGUUGGGUGAAUUUUGGCCCAUUCCUCCUGACAGAGCUGGUGUAACGGAGUCAGGUUUGUAGGCCUCCUUGCUCGCACACGCUUUUUCAAUUCUGCCCACACAUUUUCUAUAGGAUUGUGAUGGCCACUCCAAUACCUUGACUUUGUUGUCCUUAAGCCAUUUUGCCACAACUUUGGAAGUAUGCUUGGGGUCAUUGACCAUUUGGAAGAUCCAUUUGCGACCAAGCUUUAACUUCCUGACUGAUGUCUUGAUAUAUUGCUUCAAUAUAUCCACAUAAUUUUCCUUCCUCAUGAUGCCAUCUAUUUUGUGAAGUGCACCAGUUCCUCCUGCAGCAAAGAACCCCCACAGCAUGAUGCUGCCACCCCCGUGCUUCACAGUUGGGAUGGUGUUCUUUGGCUUGCAAGCAACCCCCUUUUUCCUCCAAACAUAACGAUGGUCAUUAUGGCCAAACAGUUCUAUUUUUGUUUCAUCAGACCAGAGGACAUUUCUCCAAAAAGUACGAUCUUUGUCCCAAUGUGCAGUUGCAAACCGUAGUCUGGCUUUUUUUCUGGCGGUUUUGGAGCAGUGGCUUCUUCCUUGCUGAGCGGCCUUUCAGGUUAUGUCGAUAUAGGACUUGUUUUACUGUGGAUAUAGAUACUUUUGUACCUGUUUCCUGCAGCAUCUUCACAAGGUCCUUUGCUGUUGUUCUGGGAUUGAUUUGCACUUUUUGCACCAAAGUACGUUCAUCUCUAGGAGACAGAACGUGUCUCCUUCCUGAGCGGUAUGAUGGCUGUGUGGCCCCAUGGUGUUUAUACUUGCGUACUAUUGUUUGUACAGAUGAACGUGGUACCUUCAGGCGUUUGGAAAUUGCUUCCAAUGAUGAACCAGACUUGUGGAUUUCUUUUCAUUUUCCCAUGAUGUCCAGCAAAGAGGCACUGAGUUUGAAGGUAGGCCUUGAAAUACAUCCACAGGUACACCUCCAAUUGACUCAAAUGAUGUCAAUUAGCCUAUCAGAAGCUCCUAAAGCCAUGACAUCAUUUUCUGUAAUUUUCCAAGCUGUUUAAAGGCACAGUCAACUUAGUGUAUGUAAACUUCUGACCCACUGGAAUUGUGAUACAGUGAAUUAUAAGUGAAAUAAUCUGUCUGUAAACAAUUGUUGGAAAAAUUACUUGUGUCAUGCACAAAGUAGAUGUCCUAACCGACUUGCCAAAACUAUAGUUUGUUAACAAGAAAUGUGUGGAGUGGUUGAAAAACGAGUUUUAAUGACUCCAACCUAAGUGUAUGUAAACUUCCGACUUCAACUGUACGUGUCCUGGUAAUCCGUCUGGCCCUGUGAAUGUUAACCUGUCUUACUCACAUCGGCUACGGAGAGCGUAAUCACACAGUCGUCCAGAAAAGCUGGUGCUGUGUUAAUUGCCUCGAAGUGAGUAUAGAAGGCAUUUAGCUUGUUUGGUUGGCUCGCGUCUCUGGGCAGCUCACGACUGGGUUUCCCUUUGUAACCCCUGAUAGUUUGCAAGCCCUGCCACAUCCGACGAGCGUCAGAGCCGGUGUAGUAGGAUUCGAUCUUAGUCCUGUAUUGACGCUUUGCCUGUUUGAUGGUUUGUUGGAGGGCGAAGUGGGAUUUCUUAUAACCACUCCUUGAAAGCAGUAGCUCUAGCCUUUAGCUCAGUGCAGAUGUUGCCUGUGUGGCUGGACGUCUGGUUGGGAUAUGUACGUACAGUUACUGUGGGUACGACAUCGUCGAUGUACUUAUUAAUGAAGCUGGUGACGGAUGUGGUAAACUCCUCAAUGCCAUCGGAUGAAUCCCGGAACAUAUGCAUGUGUGUGUGUUCCAGUCUGUGCUAGCAAAACAGUCCUGUAGCUUAGCAUUCGCUUCAUCUGACCACUUUCAUAUUGAGCGUGUCACUGAUACUUCCUGUUUGAGUUUUUGCUUUUAUGCAGGAAUCAGGAGGAUAGCGUUAUGGUCAGAUUUGCCAAAUGGAGCUUUGUAUGCGUCUCUGUGUAAAGGUAAUCUAGAGGUUUUUUUCCCUGUAGUUGCACAGUUGUAGAAAUGAGGUCAAACAGAUUUCAGUUUUCCUGCGUUAAAAUCCCAAGCCACUAGGAGCAUUUUCUUGUUUGCUUAUGGCCCUAUACAGCUCGUUGAGUUUAGUCUUAAUGCCAGCAUCGGUUUGUGUUGUUAAAUAGACAGCUACGAAAGAUAUAGAUGAAAACUCUCUUGGUAAAAAAGUGUAGUCUACAGCUUAUCGAUGAGUUACUCUAUCUCAGGCGAGCAAAACCUUGAGACUUCCUUAAUAUUCGCACACCAGCUGCUGUUGACAAAGAGACACACCCCACCCCCCUGAUUUUACCAGAGGCUGCUGUUCUGUAUUGCCGAUAUACGGAAAACCCAGCAAAUUAUAUAUUAUCCAUGUUCUUGUUCAGCCACGACUCUGUGAAACAUAGGAUAUUACCGUUUUUAAUGUCCCGUUUAUAGGAUACUCUCGAAUGGAGCUCAUCCAGUUUACUCUCCAGUGAUUGCAUGUUUGCCAGUGGAAUAGAGGGCAAAGGCAGAUUAUCCACUCGUCAGGUAUCCCACUCGCCGGCCUCUUCUUACAAAUGACGGGGAUUUGGGCCUGGUCCGGGGAGAGCAGUAUGUCCUUCACAUUGAAGAAUACAUUCUCGUCCAGAUCGAGGUGAGUACUUGCUGUUCUGAUGUCCAGAAGAUAUUUCAUAGGAAACAAUGGUGGAAACAUUACGUACCAAUAAAGUUAAAAUCAAUGCUAAAAAACACACAAAAUAGCACAAUUAAAUCAGGAACCCGUAAAACGGCAGCUAUCCCCUCCAGCGCCAUCCAUUUUUAAUAUUGUUUAACAUACAGCAUGUCAAUGUUCUAAGAAGAGUGCCCCAAAGGACACUGUUAAGGUCCUAACGUAUUUGCAAGACAACUACCGGUAUUCUUAAGUUACGGUCCACAUGUUUCUCUCAAAACCCUGUAUUUCCUCUUAUCUCUUUCUCUCCCUCAGACUACAGUCGUGGUCAACAUUUCUGAGAAUGACACAAAUAUAAAUUUUCACAAAGUCUGCUGCCUCAGUUUUAUGAUGGUAAUUUGCAUAUACUCCAGAAUAUCAUGAAGAGUGAUCAGAUUAAUUGGAAUUAAUUGCAAAGUCCCUAUGUGCCAUGAAAAUGAACUUAAUCCCCCAAAAACAUUUCCACUACAUUUCAGCCCUGCCACAAAAGGACCAGCUGACAUCAUGUCAGUGAUUCUCUCGUUAACACAGGUGAGAGCGUUGACGAGGACAAGGCUGGAGAUCACUCUGUCAUGCUGAUUGAGUUAGAAUAACAGACUGGAAGCUUUAAAAGGAGGGUGGUGCUUGAAAUCAUUGUUCUUCCUCUGUUAACCAUGGUUAUCUGCAAGAAAACAUGUGCCGUCGUCAUUGCUUUGCACAAAAAGGGCUUCAAAGGCAAGAAUAUUGCUGCUAGUAAGAUUGCACCUUAAUCAACCAUUUAUCGGAUCAUCAAGAACUUCAAGGAGAGAGGUUCAAUUGUGAAGAAGGUGUCAGGGCGCCCAAGAAAGUCCAGCAAGCACCAGGACCGUCUCCUAAAGUUGAUUCAGCUGCGGGAUCGGGGCACCACCAGUGCAGAGCUUGCUCAGGAAUGGCAGCAGGCAGGUGUAAGUGCAUCUGCACGCAUAGUGAGGCGAAGACAUUUGGAGGAUGUCCUGGUGUAAAGAAGGGCAGCAAAGAAGCAACUUCUCUCCAGGAAAAAUAUCAGGGACAGACUGAUAUUCUGCAAAAGGUACAGGGAUUGGACUGCUGAGGACUGGGGUAAAGUCAUUUUCUCUGAUGAAUCCCCUUUCCGAUUGUUUGGGGCAUCCGGAAAACACCUUGUCCGGAGAAGACAAGGUGAGCGCUACCAUCAGUCCUGUGUCAUGCCAACAGUAAAGCAACCUGAGACCAUUCAUGUGUGGGGUUGCUUCUCAGCCAAGGGAGUGGGCUCACUCACAAUUUUGCCUAAGAACACAGCCAUGAAUAAAGAAUGGUACCAACACAUCCUCCGAGAGCAACUUCUCCCAACCAUCCAAGAACAGUUUGGUGACGAACAAUGCCUUUUCCAGCAUGAUGGAGCACCUUGCCAUAAGGAAAAAGUGAUAACUAAGUGGCUUGGGGAACAAAACAUCGACAUUUUGGGUCCAUGGCCAGGAAACUCCCCAGACCUUAAUGCCAUUGAGAACUUGUGGUCGAUCAUCAAGAGGUGGGUGGACAAACAAAAACCCACAUAUUCUGACAAACCCCAAGCAUUGAUUAUGCAAGAAUUGGCUGCCAUCAGUCAGGAUGUGGCCCAGAAGUUAAUUGACAGCAUGCCAGGGCGGAUUGCAGAGGUCUUGAAAAAGAAGGGUUAACACUGCAAAUAUUGACUCUUUGCAUAAACUUAAUGUAAUUGUCAAUAAAAGCCUUUGACACUUAUGGAAUGCUUGUAAUUACACUUCAGUAUACCAUAGUAACAUCUGACAAAAAUAUCUCAUAACACUGAAGCAGCGAACUUUGUGAAGACCAAUAUUUGUGUCAUUCUCAAAACUUUUGACCACGACUGUAUACAGUGGGGAAAAAAGGAUUUAGUCAGCCACCAAUUGUGCAAGUUCUCCCACUUAAAAAGAUGAGAGAGGCCUGUAAUUUUCAUCAUAGGUACACGUCAACUAUGACAGACAAAAUGAGAAGAAAAAAAUCCAGAAAAUCACAUUGUUGGAUUUUUAAUGAAUUUAUUUGCAAAUUAUGGUGGAAAAUAAGUAUUUGGUCACCUACAAACAAGCAAGAUUUCUGGCUCUCACAGACCUGUAACUUCUUCUUUAAGAGGCUCCUCUGUCCUCCACUCGUUACCUGUAUUAAUGGCACCUGUUUGAACUUGUUAUCAGUAUAAAAGACACCUGCCCACAACCUCAAACAGUCACACUCCAAACUCCACUAUGGCCAAGACCAAAGAGCUGUCAAAGGACACCAGAAACAAAAUUGUAGACCUGCACCAGGCUGGGAAGACUGAAUCUGCAAUAGGUAAGCAGCUUGGUUUGAAGAAAUCAACUGUGGGAGCAAUUGUUAGGAAAUGGAAGACAUACAAGACCACUGAUAAUCUCCCUCGAUCUGGGGCUCCACGCAAGAUCUCACCCCGUGGGGUCAAAAUGAUCACAAGAACGGUGAGCAAAAAUCCCAGAACCACACGGGGGGACCUAGUGAAUGACCUGCAGAGAGCUGGGACCAAAGUCUACCAUCAGUAACACACUACGCCGCCAGGGAUUCAAAUCCUGCAGUGCCAGACGUGUCCCCCUGCUUAAGCCAGUACAUGUCCAGGCCCGUCUGAAGUUUGCUAGAGUGCAUUUGGAUGAUCCAGAAGAGGAUUGGGAGAAUGUCAUAUGGUCAGAUGAAACCAAAAUAGAACUUUUUGGUAAACACUCAACUCGUCGUGUUUGGAGGACAAAGAAUGCUGAGUUGCAUCCAAAGAACACCAUACCUACUGUGAAGCAUGGGGGUGGAAACAUCAUGCUUUGGGGCUGUUUUUCUGCAAAGGGACCAGGACGACUGAUCCGUGUAAAGGAAAAAAUGAAUGGGGCCAUGUAUCGUGAGAUUUUGAGUGAAAACCUCCUUCCAUCAGCAAGGGCAUUGAAGAUGAAACGUGGCUGGGUCUUUCAGCAUGACAAUGAUCCCAAACACACCGCCCGGGCAACGAAGGAGUGGCUUCGUAAGACGCAUUUCAAGGUCCUGGAGUUGCCUAGCCAGUCUCCAGAUCUCAACCCCAUAGAAAAUCUUUGGAGGGAGUUGAAAGUCUGUGUUGCCCAGCGACAGCCCCAAAACAUCAUUGCUCUAGAGGAGAUCUGCAUGGAGGAAUGGGCCAAAAUACCAGCAACAGUGUGUGAAAACCUUGUGAAGACUUACAGAAAACGUUUGACCUGUGUCAUUGCCAACAAAGGGUAUAUAACAAAGUAUUGAGAAACUUUUGUUAUUGACCAAAAAAUGAAAAUUACAGGCCUCUCUCAUCUUUUUAAGUGGGAGAACUUGCACAAUUGGUGGCUGACUAAAUACUUUUUUCCCCCACUGUAUCUCUCUGUCUGUCUGUAUGUCCAUCGGUCUCUCUCUCUCUUCCUCUCUCAGAGCUCAGGGGACACAGAGAGCUUAGUGAACUGGCAAGCAGCCUGUUGAGAACCAGCUGAGCUUCAGUCUCAAGCCUGCAGAGGACACUGGGUAAAAUAAACUAUGUUUACACUGUGCAGGCCUUGGUCAGAUGCAUUUAGGGAAUGUGCCACCACUUACAGGCAAGGCUGUCAUGACACUCCAACUUAACAGAAACUGCGCCUUCACUUCUAAAUGCAUUUCAGCCAUGUAGUAUGAUUUGAUACAUUUAGUAGGUACCCCCAUCCCAUCAUCGACCCUCCACUCCACCGUCUAAACCUCUCUCUCUCCCCCAUCCUACCCUCUACCUCUCCCUUACUCCAUGUUCAUCCCCUCUCUUUCUCCUCUCCCCCACCCUACCUGCUACUUCGCUCCCACUCCUUCAACCUCUUUCUCUCCUUUCUCCUACCUUACCAUCUACCUCUCCCCCACCUCUUGUUUCUGUCCCAGCGCAAAGCGGUAACUGCGAGCUGCAGUUUUCCAGCUGUGUUGCAUGUGUAAAAUGUCCAGUGUUUAUCCAUAAAUGUGUUCUGUACCUUUGUUUGUAACCAAUGCUAUUUUCCCUUCUUUCUCACAGUGUUGUAUGGCAGCCCCAUGCCCAGGAUGAUGGCGUGUCAUAUGGCUAUGCCCAGGUCUAUGGGCAGUGUUAAUUUCUUAAACAUAAUAGUGACUAAAAUAUUUGUCAAACAUCUAUUUUUCAGUGGCAAUUGAGGAGACUAUAACUGACUAAAUAGAUCCAGAAAAACCUAUAAAUAAACGAAAAUUAUUUUUCCUUUCUGUUCACUAAAACUGGAGGAGACUAAAUUAUCUGUGACUAAAAUCUGACUACUGAGUGGACUGGACAAGAGUUUUUGGAGCGAUUGAGAGCUUUUCAGUAAUAAGCACAAUUAUUAUUUGCAGCACAGAUGCGCAACGCAGUUCUGUUCAGCAGUGGGAAGGAAGCGCCAAACCUGGCACACACAGCCUACAUCAGCUGGUGAGCUGCUGGGAAGCAAUCGAUGAGCGUGAGCAGACAGGGUCCGCCUCCGCCUCCUAUUAUAAACAUCGCUUAGGUGACUCUCUUACUUCCCCGUAGCUAACCAGUCACCAGCAGCCUGGUUAAGAAACACAAGUUGCUUUAAGAAAUUAAAAACAAUAGCAGCAUUGUUGUUUUACUCUUAAACUUAAUCUAGCUAUGUUUCUGUCCCUUGAGUGUAGAAACGUUUUAGAAUUUGUAGUCUCUAUCAACCCUCGCACUUUCCCCACUGCUUGUCAUAGCCAGGUUCUGUAGCCAACGAACUAGCCAACUCUCCCUCUUUUCCUCUGAGAUUCUAGCCAUAAUACCGGCGCUACUUUUUUUUCUUUCUAUCGUGCAUUGGUGGGCCGCAUUUUACAUUCACAAAGCAUAUCGCGGGCCGUUCUAAAACUAGGCUAUUUGCAGACCGCACCUCAUAAGCUAGCUACAGCUAACAACAAUGUUGUGCAUUCAGCAGGCUCUAUUCAUGGUAUUUCUAUCUGCAACAUUCAAGAACAUUUUACAACUGAGCGCGGCCCUGGUAACAUUACCAGUAGCCUAUAUGCAAACAUUUUGUGGCACAGAAAGAAAGGAAAAUUGAUAGCAAACAAUGUAUUAACUAAAUCCCUCUUGCCACUACACUAUAUCUUCAUUUUGAGUUAAUGUGGACCAAGUGACUCAGAUUUGAGCACUUGGACCAGGAUUUGAGCACUGUGACUUCAGCCAUAGGGACAUGUAACUCAACUCGUGACUCGAUAAUUGUUGACUCUGAUUUGGACUCGGACACAGGGGACUUGGGACUCGAUUCGAACUCGAGGUUUAGUGACUCGACUACAUCACUGGGCGAAACAGUUAUUAGCUCCCGUUCUACUUUUGGACAUCAAUGUGGCUGCGGUGUCUGUGGAACGUUGAUAACAAUGGCAAUGACCUAGUUACUCCACAAUACUAGCCUGUUUGAUAGAGUGAAAAGAAGGAAGCUUGUACAGAAUAAAAACAUUCCAAAACAUGCGUCCUGUUUGCAACAAGGCACUAAAGCAGGGUUCUUCAAUUCCGGUCCUGGAGGGCCGAAACACUUCUGUUUUUUAUUUCUACCUGGUAGUUAAUUGCACUCACCUGGUGUCCCAGGUCUGAAUUAGCCCCUGAUUAGAAGGAGAGGAUGAAAAACAGAGGUGUUUCGGCCCUACAGGACAGGAACUGAAGAACCCUGCACUAAAGUAACACUGCACAAAAUGUGCCAAAACAAUUAACUUUCUGUCUUGAAUACAAAGGGCAAAUCCAAUACAACACAUUACUGAGUACCACUCUUCAUAUUUUCAAGCAUAGUGGUGGCUGCAUCAUGUUAUGGGUAUGCAUGUAAUUGUUAAGGACUGUGGAGUUUUCCAGGCUAAAAAGAAACGGAAUGGAGCUAAGCACAGGCAAAAUUUUAGAGGAAAACCUGGUUCAGUCUGAUUUCCACCAGACACUGGGAGAUGAAUUCACAUUUCAGCAGGACAAUAAUCAAAAAACCAAGUCCAAAUCUACACUUGAGUUGCUUACCAAGAAGACAGUGAAUGUUCCUGAGUGGCCGGGUUACAGUUUUGACUUAAAUCUGUUUGAAAAUCUAUGGCAAGACUUGAAAAUAGUUGUCUAGCAAUGAUCAACAAACAAUUUGACAGAGCUUGAAGAAUUUUGAAAAGUCGUCCGGCCGGUUGGCCGGUCAGAUAGAACCAGACGGCCGGCUAGAUAGGUCCAGUCGACCGGCCAGAUUGGACCGGUCGGCCAGAUAGUACCAGUCGGCUGGCCAGAUGGGAACGGUCGGAUGGCCAAAUGGGACCAGUCAGCUGGCCAUAUAGAACCAGUUGGCCGGGCCAGUCUGCCAGAUGGGUCGGGUCGGCCGGCCAGAUGGGACCGGUCGGACGGACAGAUGGGACCAGUCAGCUGGCCAUAUAGAACCAGUUGGCCGGCCCAGUCUGCCAGAUGGGACCGGUCGGUCGGACCAUUCCACCGGCCUGAAAGGACCAGUCGACCGGCCAGAUGGAACCAGUCGUCUGGCCAGUUAGGUCAGGUUGGAAAAGUCGGCCGGACCAGUUGCCCGGCCUGAAAGGACCAGUCGGCCGGCCAGAAUGUGCCGGCCGGCCGGCCAGCCAGAUGGGACCGGUCGGCCGGCCUGCCAGAUAGGUCAAGUAGGCCGGACCAGUUAACCGGCCUGAAAGGAUCAGCCAACCGAUAGGUCCAGAUAAGGUCCAGUUGGCCAGCCAUAUAGGGCCAGAUGGCUGGCCAGAUAGUACCAGUUGACCGGUUUGAUGGGACCGGUCGGCUUGCCAGAUAGGACCAGUUUGCCGGCCGGCCAGAUAGGGCCGGUUGGACUUCCAGAUGUGACCAGUCGGUCGGCCAUAUUGGACCAGUCGGCCGGACGGCCAGAUAGGACUAGUCGACCGAUAGGUCCAGAGCGGGUCCAGUUGGCUGGCCAGAUAGGUCCAGUCAGCCGGCAAGAUGGGAACGGUCGGCCGGCCAGAUGAGACUGGUCGGACGGCCAGAUGGGACCAGUCAGCUGACCAUAUAGGACCAGUCGGCCGGACCAGUCAGCCGGCCAGAUAGUACCGGUCGGCCGGCCAGAUGGGUCCGGUCAGCCGGCCAGAUGGGUCCGGUCGGACGGACAGAUGGGACCGGUCGGCCGGCCAGCCAGAUAGGACAAGUAGGCCGGACCAGUUGACCGGCCUGAAAGGACCAGCCGACCGAUAGGUCCAGAUAGGGACCAGUUGGCCAGCCAAAUAGGACCAGUUUGCCGGCCAGCCAGAUAGGACCGGUCGGACUUCAGAUGUGACCAGUCGGCCGGCCAUAUUGGACCAGUCGGCCGGACGGCCAGAUAGGACUAGUCGACCGAUAGGUCCAGAGAGGGUCCAGUUGGCUGGCCAGAUAGGUCCAGUCAGCCGGCAAGAUGGGAAAAAAAUCAACUUUCUAUGAACAGACAAAUUCAAAUGUAUUGAAUUAGAUAUGAGAUUCACAUUUCCAUCGAAGGGGAACGUGUGUACACAUGGGUGUUGUUGCGCCAUACCAAUGCCAUCUUCUCCAUCACAUCAUGAAAGGUCAUGUUGAUGUUAAUUUGUCUCUCCCUCUCCUCUGACUCUUCCUUUCUCCUGUCUCUCUCUUUUUCCUAUGUUUCUCUCUCUCUCGCUCUCCCUUUCUCCUCUGACCAGAAAGGAUCAGUCAGCCAGAUAGGAACAGUCAGCCGGCCAGAUAGGACCGGUCGGCCUGCUGGCCAGAUAGGACCGGCCGGCCUGCUGGCCAGAUAGGGCCCGUCGGCCUACUGGUCAAAUAGUGCCAGUCGGCCAGCCAGUUUGGACCAGUCAGCCGGCCGGCCAGAUAGUAGUCGGCCAGCAAGAUAGGACCGGUCGGCCGGCCAGGUUGGACCGGUUGGACCCGUCGACCUGCUGGCCAGAUAGGACCCGUCGGCCUGCUGGCCAGAUAGUGCCAGUUUGGAGCUAACGUGCGCUAAUGUGAUUAGCAUGACUGUUGUAAGUAACAGCAAACUUUCCAGGACAUAGACAUGUCUUAUAUGGGCAGAAAGCUUAAAUUAUUGUUAAUCUAACUGCACUGUCCAAUUUACAGUAGCUAUAAUUGUUUGAGGAGAUUGUACAACAACAACAAAAAUUAUCACGCAACUGGUUUGAUACAUUUAACUCUGAAGGUAAAUAAUGUACUUACAUUCAGUAAUCUUGCUCUGAUUUGUCAUCCUAAGGGUCCCAGAGAUACAUUUAGCAUAGUUUUACAUUUACCUUACAUUUUCGUCAUUUAGCAGACGCUCUUAUCCAGAGCGACUUACAAAUUGGUGCAUUCACCUUAUGAUAGCCAGUGGGACAACCACUUUAAAAUAUAUCUAAAAUAUUUUUAUUUUUUUAUUUUUUUUGGGGGGGGGGGGGGGAGUGGGGUAGGGGGAGGGUAGAAGGAUUACUUUUAUCCUAUCCCAGGUAUUCCUUAAAGAGGUGGGAUUUCAAGUGUCUCCGGAAGGUGGUGAGUGACUCCGCUGUCCUGGCAUUGUGAGGGAGCUUGUUCCACCAUUGGGGUGCCAGAGCAGCGAAUAGUUUUGACUGGGCUGAGCGGGAACUGUACUUCCGCAGAGGUAGGGGGGCCAGCAGGCCAGAGGUGGAUGAAUGCAAUGCCCUCGUUUGGGUGUAGGGACUGAUCAGAGCCUGAAGGUACAGAGGUGCCGUUCCCCUCACAGCUCUGUAGGAAAGCACCAUGGUCUUGUAGCAGAUGUGGGCUUCAACUGGAAGCCAGUGGAGUGUGCGGAGGAGCGGGGUGACGUGAGAGAACUUGGGAAGGUUGAACACCAGACGGGCUUCAGCGUUCUGGAUGAGUUGUAGGGGUUUAAUGGCACAGGCAGGGAGCCCAGCCAACAGCGAGUUGCAGUAAUCCAGAUGGGAGAUGACAAGUGCCUGGAUUAGGACCUGUGGCGCUUCCUGUGUAAGGUAGGGUCGUACUCUGCGAAUGUUGUAGAGCAUGAACCUACAGGAUCGGGUCACCGCUUUGAUGUUAGCGGAGAACGACAGGGUGUUGUCCAGGGUCACGCCAAGGUUCUUUGCACUCUGGGAGGAGGACACAACGGAGUUGUCAACCGUGAUGGCGAGAUCAUGGAGCAGGCAGUCCUUCCCCGGGAGGAAGAGCAGCUCCGUCUUGCCGAGGUUCAGCUUGAGGUGGUGAUCCAUCAUCCACACUGAUAUGUCUGCCAGACAUGCAGAGAUGCGAUUCGCCACCUGGUUAUCAGAAGGGGGAAAGGAGAAGAUGAAUUGUGUGUCGUCUGCGUAGCAAUGAUAGGAGAGACCAUGUGAGGAUAUGACAGAGCCAAGUGACUUGGUGUAUAGAGAGAAUAGGAGAGGGCCUAGAACUGAGCCCUGGGGGACACCAGUGGUGAGAGCACGUGGUGCGGAGACAGAUUCUCGCCACACCACCAUGAGAGCAGAGGAGAGAGAGUUAGCUUUAGCAGUGCGGAGAGCCUCCGUGACACAGAGAAGAGCAGUCUCAGUUGAAUGACCAGUCUUGAAACCUGACUGGUUUGGAUCAAGAAGGUAAUUCUGAGAGAGAUAGCAAGAGAGUUGGCUAAAGACGGCACGCUCAAGAGUUUUGGAGAGAAAAGAAAGAAGGGAUACUGGUCUGUAGUUGUUGACAUCGGAGGGAUCGAGUGUAGGUUUUUGAGAAGGGGUGCAACUCUCGCUCUUUUGAAGACGGAAGGGACAUAGCCAGUGGUCAAGGAUGAGUUGAUGAGCGAGGUGAGGUAAGGGAUAAGGUCUCCGGAAAUGGUCUGGAGAAGAGAGGAGGGGAUAGGGUCAAGCGGGCAGGUUGUUGGGCGGCCGGCCAUCACAAGUCGCAAGAUUUCAUCUGGAGAGAGAGGGGAGAAAGAAGUCAAAGCAUAGGGUAGGGCAGUGUGAGCAGGACCAUUUGACUUAGUAAAUGAGGAUCGGAUGUUGUCAACCUUCUUUUCAAAAUGGUUGACAAAGUCAUCCACAGAGAGGGAGGAGGGAGGGGGAGGAGGAUUCAGCAGGGAGGAGUUGUUUGAUAAAAUCAAUUUUUAUAUUCAAAUGUAGGAACUGGGUUCUACAGUUUGAACCCCUGCUGUCUCUGGCUCCACACCCACCCUGCCCGGGCAUAUAGAUGUGUGAAAGUGAGUGUAUAUCCUUAAGAGGUUAAUCGCACCCCUCAGCCACUCUCAGCCCAUCCCACCUAUCACCAUAGACCACCCUCGUUUGGUUUCCAUGUGCCAUUUACUUUUCAAUGUAAUGUUUUACAUAUAUUUUUUACCUUUCUAAUCAUAUAGUAUCCACAGAUUGUGAGCUAAAGAUAAAAACCUUUCCUACAAGUAUUAUUAUAUUAUUGAUUGACUGACUAUGGCUUUCCAAAUCGCCCAACAUGAUAGCUGCAUAUGUGACAUAACUCCACUGUUUCUAUUCAUACUAUCAUUAAUAAAUAUAAUACACAUUUUAAACAUUUUUGCCAUAAAUAAUGUUUUUUUAUUAAUCAGUAUAUUUGAGUUUAACCAUAACAUUUGUUGUAAUAUUUGUUCUAUCUUUUCUGAAGGAUAAAACUGAAAUUGUAACCAGCUUUGUAUUGCUUGUUUAAGAAAGGGCGAUACUUUAAACAGAAUUUCAUUUUCAAUUAGUCGGAAAUGAGAAGUUGUAAUCUGUAUAAAGGCAAAAAUGCCAUUUUUGAACAAAGGAUGAGCCUUUCUUAACAAUCUACUGGAGAACCAUUUUGGGUUUAUGUAUAUCUUAUGUACAGUGGGGAAAAAACUUAUUUAGUCAGCCACCAAUUGUGCAAGUUCUCCCACUUAAAAAGAUGAGAGAGGCCUGUAAUUUUCAUCAUAGGUACACAUCAACUAUGACAGACAAAAUGAGGGAAAAAAAUCCAGAAAAUCACAUUGUAGGAUUUUUAAUUAAUUUAUUUGCAAAUUAUGGUGGAAAAUAAGUAUUUGGUCACCUACAAACAAGCAAGAUUUCUGGCUCUCACAGACCUGUAACUUCUUCUUUAAGAGGCUCCUCUGUCCUCCACUCGUUACCUGUAUUAAUUGCACCUGUUUGAACUUGUCAGUAUAAAAGACACCUGUCCACAACCUCAAACAGUCACACUCCAAACUCCACUAUGGCCAAGACCAAAGAGCUGUCAAACACCCUGUCGUUCUCCGCCAACAUCAAGGCGGUGACCCGCUCCUGCAGGUUCAUGCUCUACAACAUUCGGAGAGUACGACCCUGCCUUACACAGGAAGCGGCACAGGUCCUAAUCCAGGCACUUGUCAUCUCCCGUCUGGACUACUGCAACUCGCUGUUGGCUGGCCUCCCUGCCUGUGCCAUUAAACCCCUACAACUCAUCCAGAAUGCCGCAGCCCGUCUGGUGUUCAACCUUCCCAAGUUCUCUCACGUCACCCCCCUCCUCCGCACACUCCACUGGCUUCCAGUUGAAGCUCGCAUCCGCUACAAGACCAUGGUGCUUGCCUAUGGAGCAGUGAGGGGAACGGCACCUCUGUACCUUCGGGCUCUGAUCAGUCCCUACACCCAAACGAGGGCAUUGCGUUCAUCCACCUCUGGCCUGCUGGCUCCCCUUCCUCUGCGGAAGCAUAGUUCCCGCUCAGCCCAGUCAAAACUGUUCGCUGCUCUGGCACCCCAAUGGUGGAACAAGCUCCCUCACGACGCCAGGACAGCGGAGUCACUCACCACCUUCCGGAGACAUUUGAAACCCCACCUCUUUAAGGAAUACCUGGGAUAGGAUAAAGUAAUCCUUCUACCCCCCCCCCCAAAAAAAAUUGUAAAGUGGUUAUCCCACUGGCUAUAGGGUGAACGCACCAAUUGGUGAGUCGCUCUGGAUAAGAGCGUCUGCUAAAUGACGUAAAUGUGCCCUUGAGCAAGGCACUUAACCCUAAUUGCCCCUGUAAGUCGCUCUGGAUAAGAGCGUCUGCUAAAUGACUAAAAUGUAAAUGUAAAUGUAAAGGACACCAGAAACAUAAUUGUAGACCUGCACCAGGCUGGGAAGACUGAAUCUGCAAUAGGUAAGCAGCUUUGUUUGAAGAAAUCAACUGUGGGAGCAAUUAUUAGGAAAUGGAAGACAUACAAGACCCAGUGGCGGCUCCUGAAAAAAUUCUCAGGGGGGGCAAUUUUUCUGAUGAUUUAGGUGACCUACACACAUUUUAAAAAAGAUAUGUCCAGCAACAACAUGAAGACAGGGGCAGCAUAUAAGUCAAUACCAGAAGCAUUUAUUGACUGAUCUCAAAAGUGUUGGCUUACCAGGGUUGGUGGAGCCCUCAGUUUCAUCUUUGCCUCGCAAAGCUAACUCAAACACUCCGCAAAACUUCACACACUGGAUUAGCCGGCUGAGGAUGUGGCGGUUCUUGCUAAUGUCGUAGUAAAUAUAUUUGUUAUAGUGAAUAUGGAAUAUGAUAUGUUGAGUAAAAUGUUGUGCUAAGAUCUAUUUAGGUCAGGAGCUGGUUAUAAGUUCUGUUCCUAUCCAAUAACAAUGGACAAAAGGGUCCUAUCUUGUCAGCCAAGGACAACACCCACGCCAUAGGCCUCUCAGUUCUUCCAACUCACGAGUUCUUGCUCUGAGGACACACACACACACACACACAAACACACACACACACACACAUCAUCACUGUUAAACACACACACACACACACACACACACACACAUCGUCACUGUUAAACACACACACACACACACACACACACAAAUCCCCUCUCUUAGGCUGAACAUUUGAAGACAGAGAACCCGACUCAGAGCCAAUGCAACAGUGACAGUAGCCUGGAGCGGACCUCGCCCAACUCAUCAGGACCAAUCAGAAGAUCAGAACUACUAGAUUCAACCUACUUCAUUUAUUGCAUAAAAUGUCUGCACACAAUGUUUCGGGGCUCUCUUCAGAUAAUAAUAAUAAUAAUAAUAAUAAUAAUAAUAAUAUGCCAUUUAGCAGACGCUUUUAUCCAAAGCGACUUACAGUCAUGCGUGCAUACAUUUUUGUGUAUGGGUGGUCCCGGGGAUCGAACCCACUACCUUGGCGUUACAAGCGCCGUGCUCUACCAGCUGAGCUACAGAAAGUGGAUACUCAUGGAUGCGCAUCGCAAUUGUCAAAUGUCAACACAAUUGGAGACACCACGUCAUUUUUGGAGACAUGUUAUUGACAGUAAACUAUUGUAGAUGCGACUGCUAACUAAAUAAAACAUUUUAGCUGGCUAGCUAAUCAUCUUAGCUAAAUGUGGGGCAAACAAUUCAGUUAUUUACCGUUAAUUUGAGGGAUUGGGGUGAAAGAAAUCGAGUUACAUAGUGAUACUUUACGAUAUACUGUAUUGACAAUAUCGCAAUAUUUUAGCGCUAGUUGGCUGUACCUGCACCAAAACACCAUUAUUGUUCCUUCAUAGCUUGUUCUCAAUCUUUUCACAUUGGGAGCCAAUUUGUUUUCAGCACUUUUAUUUCCAUGACUGAUCAAAACUCGUUCUCAUGGCUUUCUGAUCCCUCUGCAACAGACAUAUGGUGCGCAAUAAAAUCACAGUAUCGAAUCGCAAUACGUAUAGAAUCAUGAGACUCGCAAUGCAUAUAUCUUAUCGUGAGGUUCCUGGCAAUUCCCAGGCCAAGUUCAUUUGCCACAACAAAUCUCUUCGCUAGCAAACGCGAUGUCUUCUCCAAAACGGCAAUGUGUCUCCAGCAAUGUUUACUUUUUUGACGUUCUAUGGCAUCUCCACUUUCCAAGCAUAUAUGACCACAUGUAAUAUUUUGGUAAGUGAUGCAAAUAGUGAACUAUGUAGGGCCAGGAUGUAAAAUAUAUGUAGCUGCAGCAAUUUCUCUUAUCUGAUAUGGUAAGUAAUGGGGCUUAAUGUAUAGCUCCCUAAGAGUUUGACGAACGGGUCCGUGCACGCGAUUCCAGAUAUCUUUACCUCUGAAUAAACUGCCUUUAUUAUACCAUAUCCACCCUGUCCAAAGUCUCUACUUGGUCUCAGUUCUCCAGUAAACUUGUGAUUAUCAACACUAACCUCAUCGUUGUGGCGGCGGACAGCUAGCCUGUAUCCCUCAUCCAGUUGAGUGGCAAUGUUCUUUUUUCGUUAGUACCAAUUUUUGGAAAAUCCUCGGGUGUAGGACUUUCCGCCUUUAGUAGAAACCUGUUGAAUUAUUAAAUUUGGUCUGGGAGGUCCUAAUUGUUUCGUUGCCAAUUUAUCUUGAUUUGUUCGCCGACAAAAAGGAACUUCUUUCAAAGACACAAUCGAGUUGCACUGAAGGCUAGCCAUUUUUACAGUAGUAGUGAAUUGAUUGAGGCUGCUACCCGGUCUUUUCUUAGUUACGUUCAUGGUUACGUUACGUAUGACGAAAGCGCGUAAGUGCAAGCCCUCAGACACCCAUAGAGAUUGUAUUGAAAGCUCUGAAAUUUGAAAAAAAUAGAUUUUACAUGGGAGUCUAUGACAGACUUCUGGGCGAUUUUCAACCUGACUGAAAUCGCCCAAAAAGGGGGGGUGGCCAUUUGAAGCACGACUUUAGCCUGAUUGGACAUUUAGUGGCAGAUCAGACCAGACACGUCUAGAUUACAACACUGAUAACUACUGUUGCCGUGAUAUAAUUGAUUAGAAAAAAAAUCCCUUCCUUUUCCCGUUUGGCAGUGCGUCGCCCAUAUCGCCCUAUUGAACACACCGCCCCUGACAAGACCACUGAUAAUCUCCCUCGAUCUGGGGCUCCACGCAAGAUCUCACCCCGUAGGGUCAAAAUGAUCACAAGAACGGUGAGCAAAAAUCCCAGAACCACACAGGGGGACCUAGUGAAUGAUCUGCAGAGAGCUGGGACCAAAGUAACAAAGCCUACCAUCAGUAACACACUACGCCGCCAGGGACUCAAAUCCUGCAGUUCCAGACGUGUCCCCCUGCUUAAGCCAGUACAUGUCCAGGCCCGUCUGAAGUUUGCUAGAGUGCAUUUGGAUGAUCCAGAAGAGGAUUGGGAGAAUGUCAUAUGGUCAGAUGAAACCAAAAUAGAACUUUUUGGUAAAAACUCAACUCGUCGUGUUUGGAGGACAAAGAGUUCUGAGUUGCAUCCAAAGAACACCAUACCUACUGUGAAGCAUGGGGGUGGAAACGUCAUGCUUUGGGGCUGUUUUUCUGCAAAGGGACCAGGACGACUGAUCCGUGUAAAGGAAAGAAUGAAUGGGGCCAUGUAUCGUGAGAUUUUGAGUGAAAACCUCCUUCCAUCAGCAAGGGCAUUGAAGAUGAAACGUGGCUGGGUCUUUCAGCAUGACAAUGAUCCCAAACACACCGCCCGGGCAACGAAGGAGUGGCUUCGUAAGAAGCAUUUCAAGGUCCUGGAGUGGCCUAGCCAGUCUCCAGAUCUCAACCCCAUAGAAAAUCUUUGGAGGGAGUUGAAAGUCUGUGUUGCCCAGCGACAGCCCCAAAACAUCACUGCUCUAGAGGAGAUCUGCAUGGAGGAAUGGGCCAAAAUAGCAGCAACAGUGUGUGAAAACCUUGUGAAGACUUACAGAAAACGUUUGACCUGUGUCAUUGCCAACAAAGGGUAUAUAACAAAGUAAUGAGAAACUUUUGUUAUUGACCAAAUACUUAUUUUCCACCAUAAUUUUCAAAUAAAUUCAUUAAAAAUCCUACAAUGUGAUUUUCUGGAGAAAAAAAUGCUCAAUUUGUCUGUCAUAGUUGACGUGUACCUAUGAUGAAAAUUACAGGCCUCUCUCAUCUUUUUAAGUGGGAGAACUUGCACAAUUGGUGGCUGACUAAAAACUUUUUUUCCCCACUGUAUAUUAAAAAAAAACUCUUUCUGACUACUGUAUCAAGUUAAUAAAUCUAACUCUUUAGUUAAGAGAAAAUACACAUCUGUUACAAGGCCAAACUAAACAAAGGGACUCUGCUUCAUUUAAAGUCAUGCAUUUUACACACACUUCCUUAGAACAUAAACAUUUAAGAUUCAAACCUUAGAUUUGCAUUAUAAAGUACUUUGUGCAUAGAUUUGCUGUUGAUUGAGAAAUAGAAAUGUACAGAAUAUUAAUUUACAGCUAUAAUUAGGUCAAUAUAGCUUUUUCAAAGAACACUGGGAAAAAGUCAAAUUUAAAACAGAAAAGCGAUGCUGUAAAAUCCGAUACUACAGGCACCCCAUUGUUCUAAGUGCCAACAUUAAGACACACACAACUACAUAGACAAUAUUAACAAUAUCAAAAUACUUAACAAAGACAUGGAUUUAAGUUUCACUCCUUAAGGCUUCGAUGCUCCUUCCAGGCUCUGUCGCCGCCGGCCGCGACCGGGAGACUCAUGGGCGGCGCACAAUUGGGCCAGCGUCGUCCAGGGUAGGGGAGGGAAUGGCCGGCAGGGAUGUAGCUCAGUUGAUAGAGCAUGGCGUUUGCAACGCCAGGGUUGUGGGUUCGAUUCCCACGGGGGGCCAGUAUAAACAAAAUAUGUAUUCACUAACUGUAAGUCGCUCUGGAUAAGAGCGUCUGCUAAAUGACUAAAAUGUAAAUGUAAUGUAAAUGAUGCUCAAAUAGUCAAUGCCAUCAUCACUUUCCAACACUGAGUAUAGAAAUCUGUGUAAAAUCCACAGACAUCAGCAUUAAAAACAGACUACAGAACAGCAUGGAGCCUCGCAUCUGGCCAUGUAACAAAAACACAGAUUACAAUUCAGAAUGUUAGGGUGAUGGGUGAUAGGGGAGGAGUAGAUGGAAUUAAUUGAAAAUACAUGUCAGCUGAAGUUCACAUCACUAUUUUCUCUGUCAUAUGAUUGUAUGACACCUCAUAAGCAUAUAAAAUAGACACAAAGAGAGGGAUUAAGACAGUUUUGAUGGUGUACUGAUAAAUCAUACACAUGUGUACUGUACAUGUUUUAGUUCUUGUGAAAAAUUGAGAUUAGCAGAAUCUCCCUAGAAAUGAUUUGUGGUACAUUAAAACUUAAUGAUGUUCCUCAUUCACAGGACUUGCAAAUGUGGGUGAAGAUAUUCCAUAUUUAGGAUGACUGUCAUUCAAAUCAUAAUACCUAAGCAAAUCUGUUGGUAGAGCAUGGCGCUUGCAACGCCAGGGUUGUGGGUUCGAUUCCCACGGGGGGGCCAGUAUGAAAAAAAACAAACAUGUAUGCACUAACUGUAAAUCGCUCUGGAUAAGAGCGUCUGCUAAAUGACUAACAUGAAUCAUACAAACCAAAAUGUAAAUGUUAAGUCACAUUACAAUGUCAUGAGAAUAAGUAACAAAACAUUAUUGUGACAGGCUUUGUGAACACCCUGUGUGGGUAUUCUGACAGUAGCCUGCUUCUGCCUUCAACUGUGCCACAUCAUUGCCAUUCCCAAACAGUCUUAGCAAGGUGACAUGUUUGCAAAGCAGAAACACUGGCACCACCCAGGCUAUUCACUGGCCAUGUCAAGGCAAGGGUCAUUUUACCCACACCUGGGAGAAGAAAGACAUAAGACAGACGAGUAAAGGACCGGUAGAAAUCUAUAAUACUUACAUUAUGUAUUCAAUUCACUUUAUAAACCAAAUACGGUUAGUGCUCUGUUGAAGUUGCCUCCCAGGGAGAGCGUAUAGGCACUGGAGACCAGGGCAGAGGGGAGUAGGAUACGGUGGAGAGAGGAGGGAUGGUUGUUCCUCCUCUUCAUGUUUGGCUUGGGCUUGGGGUUAAGGCACCACAUUAGCAUGACUGAGUCUUAUGGAGCAACGCUGCAGGUUAGAGGGACAACCUGCCAUCCAACACUAGCGCCAGCGAAAGUACUCCUCACUUAUCAAUUCUAUCUUCGGAGUCAAGAUGUGAUUUUCCUUCACACAUUUAAUGUUUUCCUUAUGGCUUUACAUCAACAGAAGUGCACAGCCUUAGGGUUAGUUUAGGGUGAGGAUCCUUAUUUGCUCAAUCUCCACAAGGUUAGUGGCUAUUUGUCAAAGGAGGUGAUAAUAAAUCGGUCCAUUGUCCUACCUGAGGCCACAGGUUUGUUUAGAUUUAGUUUGUAGGUUAGGGUUUGGAAUAUGGUUAAGGCUAGGUUUAAGGUUGGGGUAAAGGUAAGGGUUAUGGCUUCUCAUAAAUUGACCCACAGAGGGAUAGGGGCUUUUUCACACAAAUUCAAGCAUUACAAACCCAUAGGUCACAUAUGCCUGUUUGUCUCUAGUAUAAAUGGUGGGUGUGAGGUGGUUUGGUUCUGUUCUGAUGUGGCCUCCCUACUGGUCUGAGGGUAUUACAGUAAGGAAUUAAUCUAUUAUGGAAACAGUUACACACUUCAGAGAGCAGGGACAUGUUUCUGACAGACCUCACACUGCUUCAUAUAUACUAGCAUGAAGUUCACAUCACUAUUUUCUCUGUCAGUUUACGUGAGGGUAAACUUUCAGAUGAGGGUUAUGGUAAGGGUAGAGUUGGUGUUGGCAAGCGGAGAGGUCAGUUGAAGCAUUUCCCAUCUGAGGGGGUCUCCAACUUUAUUUUGUUGCAUGAGAGCUAAUCAUUUUUUUCCUGCAACUCUUCUGCAGAUCUUUAGUGUACAAGAGUACUGUUUUCUGUCAAUAUACCUGGUAAAAUAAUGUUAAAUAAAAAACUCUAGGGCCCCUAUAAAACCAAAACAUUUUCCCCAAAUUCGGUUUCAUAUUUUCCCAAAUUCAGUUUUCUCAGUUACAUUUUUCCUGGUUUUAGAUUAUUUUGUUUGUCACUCAAAAUUACACUUGUUCAUAGAGAAACAACGAAAUAGGAUGUUCUGAAUCCAUGCAACGCUUAAAUCACAGCAGAAGACAAUUUGUUUUAGGUCUGGAAGAAUUUAGAUUUGAGUGUAAUUCCCCUUUUUUAAUUGCGCAUCUGGCCCUUUAAUUGCGCAUCUAGUGUGCCGGCUAAUGUGCCAGUCUAGCGAGGGUUCUGUAGUGCUGCUGCUCAUUUCAUAGCAAACUUUGCAAAUAACAAUUAAUCGAUACAAAUGCUAUACUUACUCAUGAUAUACUUCUGCCAAGUAAGCCUAUUUUGCAGUUAACAUUUAACUGAGAAGGUUUUGGGGAAAGUAUUUCUGUCAACCCACAAGACGGUUAUCACAUCAACUGCCUACUAGUGAUGGACAUUCCGAGUCUUUUCUGUGAGCCGGAUCAUUUGGCGCCGUUCACCUGAAAUAGCCGUUAAUUUAGCUCCCAAACGACUCUUCGCUCAGUAAUGCUUAGAAAUUGACCUAAAACCAUCAUUUAAAUCCUAAAACGUUGCUUAUCAGAUUGUGAAAUGUGAGUUCCAUUUAUUUUUUUGGACUAUAUUAUUAGAUGCCCUGCCCCCCCAAAAAAGUAAGACUUAAUGACGCUCUCUCCUCAUUAUAUUGUUCCUGCACUGAGGACCCAUCACUACUGGCUACACACAGAGUAAUAGACAAACGCCCGUACCACACAGACAGAAAAGGAGCAAUAUUGCUGGAAAUUAAUUGGCAGAUAUUGUGUUAGGUUUGGCUUUUUAAGCCAAUAGUGGCUAACCAGGGGUGGGAUAAUGUCAAUGCAUGUACUUUCAGAAUUGUUUGGCAAGCUACUCAUAUGUGGUCUGCGAGCUACUGGUAGCUGAUAACCAGGUGGCGAAUCGCAUCUCUGCAUGUCUGGCAGACAUAUCAGUAUGGAUGACGGAUCACCACCUCAAGCUGAACCCUGGCAAGACGGAGCUGCUCUUCCUCCCGGGGAAGGACUGCCCGUUCCAUGAUCUCGCCAUCACGGUUGACAACUCCGCUGUGUCCUCCUCCCAGAGUGCGAAGAGCCUAGGCGUGACCCUGGACAACACCCUGUCGUUCUCCGCCAACAUCAAGGCGGUGACCCGCUCCUGCAGGUUCAUGCUCUACAACAUUCGGAGAGUGCGACCCUGCCUUACACAGGAAGCGGCGCAGGUCCUGGUCCAGGCACUUGUCAUCUCCCGUCUGGACUACUGCAACUCGCUGUUGGCUGGGCUCCCUGCCUGUGCCAUUAAACCCCUACAACUCAUCCAGAAUGCCGCAGCCCGUCUGGUGUUCAACCUUCCCAAGUUCUCUCACGUCACCCCCCUCCUCCGCACACUCCACUGGCUUCCAGUUGAAGCUCGCAUCCGCUACAAGACCAUGGUGCUUGCCUAUGGAGCAGUGAGGGGAACGGCACCUCUGUACCUUCAGGCUCUGAUCAGUCCCUACACCCAAACGAGGACAUUGCGUUCAUCCACCUCUGGCCUGCUGGCUCCCCUUCCUCUGCGGAAGCAUAGCUCCCGCUCAGCCCAGUCAAAACUGUUCGCUGCUCUGGCACCCCAAUGGUGGAACAAGCUCCCUCACGACGCCAGGACAGCGGAGUCACUCACCACCUUCCGGAGACAUUUGAAACCCCACCUCUUUAAGGAAUACCUGGGAUAGGAUAAAGUAUUCCUUCUAACCCCCCCCCAAAUUGUAAAGUGGUUAUCCCACUGGCUAUAGGGUGAACGCACCAAUUUGUGAGUCGCUCUGGCUAAGAGCGUCUGCUAAAUGACGUUAAUGUGCCCUUGAGCAAGGCACUUAACCCUAAUUGCUCCUGUAAGUCGCUCUGGUUAAGAGCGUCUGCUAAAUGACUAAAAUGUAAAUGUAAAUGUAGUGAUCGACCUGUUGGAGACCCCUGGUUUAAAACAUACAACAAAUAACAGGAAAAUGAUCCAUAAAAACAUCUAAAAACUUAGUUGGAAUUGACAACACAGCAUCAAACAGAAUAGAACAAGGAAAUAAGAUGAAGGUUCACAUAUUACAUUUAAAAAAAAAUCUGUAAUCCCAUUGGUCUCAGAGUGGAGACACAAUUGGCUGUUCCAGGUAGAGAUGCUCAUUUUAUGACUGCUCAGCAUCCAAUCCGUGAACUUUGCAGCACCCGUUACCAUGGCAAUUCUAAAAAGUCUGGCUAAGUCUGCCCCCCCCCCAUGUCUUGUGUCUGUUUGGGGGGUGCGGGGGGAGCAGAAGUAGGGCAUCUGAGUGUCUGGGGGCUCCACAGGUUCCAAGGGUAAGGUCUCUUAUGUCUUAUGAGGGUCUGGGGUGAGGGGUCCGGGGGUGUUGGUCCCAUCCAGGCUGUGUGUGGGUAUAUGGAAAUGAGGGGUGAGCACCGAGGGGAACUGGAAGAGAACACAUAAGAGAACACAUGAGAACACAGUACCGCUUCAAAUAAAGAGCAGAAUUUGGGUCCAUAGAAUAGAGGACAGAAACAGAAGACACAGUAUGGAGUAGAAACACAGGGUGUUUCUCAAUAUGCAUACUACCGUGCUCUACACUCAUGCUCCUCCUUCGUUCUCCGAGGACGUUCUCGAGUGAGGAGAAUGCAUAAAAAUUAACAUUUUGAGAAGCACUGCGCACUCCCCUGCUACUGCAUUACCUUUGACCAAUACAGACGAAACAAGAUAACUACAUAAAGCAAAUGCAAGCAUGUAACUUCAUAAUUAUCAGCCAGCUAUUUGUGAAACGUAUUAAUCUAGCCAGCCAGCUAGUUUUACAUGUAAAAAACGACCUAAAACGAAUGUUGUAAUGAAAGGUAAUGUAGAUAGCCAACGUUAACUACCAAUUCUGUCAGUUAGCCUGCGGUCUACGCACACUACAGUGGAUAUUCUAGGCAGUUAAACAUGCCAAAAUUAACACAGUACGUAUUUAUUUUUAAUGUAUCAAGGCAACACGAGAUGUGAUUGGGCAACUUUUCAUUCUGAAGUCGGAGUUAAUUUUCUCUCACUUCAGCUCAAAACCAGCCGCCAUUGUUUUCAAGAAAUAUUGAGUCGUUUUUUACUUGGCUCGUCUUAUUACGCCAACAAUCCUGGGAAUAUUUCAAUUGAAGCUUGAAUCGAUUAAUACUUAGAAAUGUGUACAAACAAAGUAUGCAUAUGAGAACAGCCAUCCGUGCUCCUUUCGUAUACUUUGAUUUGGACUCGUACGCCGAUUACCGUUCCAUGCUCGGAGCACAGUAGUAUGCAUAUUGAGAAAUACCCACUGAAACACAGAACAGGCUAGAGCAGGAACUGACAGAGAGGACAAGGACAGAAAGAGGAAUAAGAGAAAGACAAUGAAGUGCAGUGGAGAUUGAAGGGUUCCCUGAGACAUGGAUGAGUGGGAUAGAGUGAUGAGAGAGGGGGUGUGUUCUGACCUGGAACAGGGUGUGUGCUCCCUGCUGGCGCCGGGUGGCAGGGCUGAGGGGAGCCACCGGGCUGAGCGUGCUCCAGAAGUGGAUGUUAGAUAGAAGGGGACUGGGGGUCAGCAACAGAGUGGGUGUCUGUAAAUACACACACAAAACACACAAGGAGCUAGUCAGCAACAGAUUUGGACACAUAAAUAGUCAUUUGGGAAUAUCUCAAAUUAUGGCACAAAAUUGUUCUCAAAACUGGAAUUCCAGCUUUAAGUGCAAGUAUUCGUGCAGACUUGAUAAAGACCAGAAGAAAAAAGAUGUGCUCUUCUGUAUCCAUAAUGGAGGCUUUGAUGGUUUCCCAGCAGGCCAAGGCAAAGUCAACCCAGAGGAGAAGCUGGCCUGGGGCUGGCUCAAACAGUGCUGUCUCAUGACCAAAGUAACACAGAUGUUAAACUAUAGAGGGAGAAUCUGAGAGAAUAAUGAGACCAUUGUCAGGUCGAUCUAAUCUUACAAUCACAACAGGAACACAUGGUCAUGUGGUCAAACAGUCAACAUCCCAUUGACAGGCCAAAUGAAUGAAAAUAGUAAUUGUCAUGGUAACUCUGUUCAGACUGGGAGAAUGGGUGUUCAAUAAAACUACAACACUGCUGCCAUCUGCUGGGGGAAAAUUAGCAAUGAACUGUGUUUACAUUUCACUUAGCCUCGUCCCGAAUUGUAAAUGUCUCUUCUCCUAAUCAAGAACACAUCUCAAACAAUAAUUCUGAGUGAGUGUGGAGUGUAUAAGAUUGCGUAAAAAUGAAUGUGUGUGUGUCUCACCUGUAGCAGUGCUGGUGUGAGAGAGGCGGUAGGUAGGGAGGGGCUGUAGAGGUUCAUAGGUGAGAGGUCAGAGGUGGUGACCACCAGUGUAGGAGUGGACAGCUCCAGGACUUUAGGAGGCUUGCGGGCCUUGCCCCCUGUGAUAUGGGCACUUACACACAACGGAGACAAACUCAUCUCCCUAUUCCCUCCCUUGUCCCUGUUCUCUACACACGCCUCACCACCUGACACUUGGCCAGAACUCUGCACCUGAGAGAUGGGGAGGGGAAAGCAGUUGAAUCACAGAAAGCAAAAACAGGAAUGCUAAAUCCAUCUUCAUGUUGAGUAAUCUGCAUCUCUGUGGACUGUAAGGAGAUGGUCUCCAUGUCGCAGUAGGUUGUGUGUGUGUGUGUGUUUUCCUUACCCCCUGUAUCUGCGUCUCUGUGGGCUGGGAGGAGAUGGACUCGAUGUCGCUGUCAAUCACAAGCUCCUUGGUGGAAUCAGGCACCAUAGUGGGGGAGGGGCUCCGAGAGGACAACUCUGAUAGGCUGAAACUAUUCAGGAUUCUAGGACUCGAGGAUUCCAUGGGCUUGGCUUGCUCAAACGCACACACAGCCUGAGGCAGGAGGACGGAGUGUGUCAUCACGACAUCACCCAUGGGAGGCGGGACUUGGAGAGAGCACAAUGGCGGAUUAGGUGUUUCUAUGGUAACCAGAGGAGGGGGAGGGCUUCUCUUGGGAGGGGUGGUCCCAAACUUGAUAACUGACGGCGACAGCAUUGGCUGCUGAGAGGGCGGGUCUUGAGUCUGGGUAUUGGACUUCCUGUCGGCCAUCUUGUCUGCAGGGUUCUCCAUCUUGAUGGACUUGAAGAGCUGGCGUCCAUUUUGCAGCGACGUGAGGGUGAAGGAGGUGUACAGGCCAGAGUGGAUGUAGUCAUUACGGCUGGACGGCUUAGUACUGGACCCCUGUGUUGCUGUCAUACCUUCACCCCUGUCCCCACGUUCACCAUCUUGGGAGGUGUUGUCCCCCCUCUCGGACAGCGGCAGGCUACCCCCUGCACCCCCCUCCCCCUCCAGCCGAGCAGAGGCAUCCCCUUUCAGGAUGUCUGGGUAGGAGACGAAACGGUACACAAACUUCUGCCCGUUCACCUUCUUAAUUAUGUUCUAGAAGAGAGUAGGGGAGAGCGAGAAAUGUUACGCUAUGUGGAAAAAGAUGUACACAAGACAGACACUCUACUCUCUCUUUCCUCUCCUCCCCCCUCUCCCUCUUCCAAAAACAGCCCACAGAGUAACCACUGCGUGGGACUGUUCCAUUCUUCCUGUCUGUCCCAAACUAAACACAGCUCACCACCCCACCCACUGACAGAGGCAGGCUGUCUUUAGGCUAAACCACAGGCAGAGUGGACAAGACACACAGCAACACAUGAACCCAGCAGUACUCUUGAGAGACUGGGUGGUGUGGUGACAUCACAGGAGGGCAUAACAGAAACUUCCCUGGCCAUAGCUCUACCCAGCCCAGCAUUAAACUAAACCCUGCACUCAUUUUCAACAAGUCUCAUCAAGGGGCUCCUUGUCAAAGUUAAUGCGUUGUGUGGGAGUGUGUGUGUGUGUACCUUGUCAUAGUAUUAGUAUUCUGCUGAGUUUGUUGUAAUUCAUGCUGUGUGUGUGUGUGUGUGUAUGUGUGUGUGUGUGUAGGGCCCUAUAAAAUCUGUGAUGCGGAGAACGCGGAUGGGAUCACGGAAUCCAGACAAAAUGGAAUUCAACAAUAUAAAAUUUUUUUAUUGAACUUAUUUCAAAAUGUAUUAACUUGCCCAAGAUUAUCAUAGGACAUGAACAAAAUUCAUCAGUGAUUGUUACUUUCCUUCAACUCUCUGAAGAGGUAACGCGGGAAUGCCCGUCUUGGUGCACGUUUGUCUCCCACUUCGUGUAUUCUGAUAGAUGGGAAGGCUUUCCAAAAAACCUUCUCAAUUAAAUGUUAACUACAAAGUAGCCUAUGCCUACAUGGCAGAAUUAUAUCAUGAUUAUUUUCAUCAUUCCAGUGGGUAUUUGUUUAGCAAACUCUGCAAUCACAUGUGCACUACAUAAACAGCGCUAGCCAAACAAGUCUCUUACAUUUACAUUUUUGUCAUUUAGCAGACGCUCUUAUCCAGAGCGACUUACAGUAAUGAGUGCAUACAUUUUCAUACUGGUCCCCUGUGGGAAUCGAACCCACAACCCUGGCGUUGCAAGCACCAUGCUCUACCAACUGAGCCACACGGUGUGCAUUUGCUGGUGUGCACUUGAAUUAAAGGGUAUAUAUACAAAUAAAAAAAAUUAAAACGUCUUAGGUUUUUCCCAGACCUCAAAAGUGGUCUGCUGAUGUUGUUUAAGCAUUGUUGUGGACUUAGAACAUCCUAUUUUCUUUUUUCUACUAAAAACGGAUUUUGAGAGCGAAAACCUGAAGAAAUCUUGGACAAAUCAGAAACCCUGAAAAACAAAAACGGAGAAAACAGAAUUUGGGGAAAAAACUAAAUGGAAUUGGGCAAAAAAGACUACAGAUUUUAUAGGGGUCUAUGCAUGCAUGUGUGUGUACCUUGUCGUAGUAGUAUCUCAGGGCUCUGCUGAGCUUGUCAUAGUUCAUGCUGGGUUUGUUCUUCCUGGUGCCCCACAGCUUGGCUACGUCCUCCGCCUGCAGCAGCUUGAACUCGCCCUCCUCAUUGGUCCAGCAGAUCAGCUGAUCAUUGGUGGGGUCCAAUAG